AUGAGAAUAUUUUUGCCACUAGUCACGUGGAUAGUGCUACUUUCGAGUACAGUAACCAGCCAACAACAACAGCAAUAACAGCCAUGCAAAACGCAUUUGAAAAAUAGCCGUUUUGGUGGCGAAGUAUUUUUUCUAAAUCUUGAAGAUGGCUACUUUGGCUGUCAAGUUAAUGAGUCUACAGAUUAUUUACAAUUAUUCGAAUUAUCGAAAUUAUGCGACGGCAGGCGAGAUUGUUUUCUCGGUGCCGAUGAGCUGAGAGAGGAGCUCAAAUGCACAAAUGACUGUGAUAAGGAUGGCACUCAGUGCACGAAUGGUGUUUGCUUAAAUGGCGUUUGCCAUUGCAACGACGGUUUUGGCGGUUGCAAUUGCAGUGAGCGAGAUGAAAACGAGUGCAAAUAUCGUCCAUGCGAUGUGUUUGCGCACUGCAUCAACACGCUUGGCAGCUUCACGUGUACCUGCUUUCCCGGCUAUCACGGCAAUGGGCUUCACUGCGAAGAUAUCGACGAAUGCCAAGAUCCUACGAUAAGAGCGCGUUGCGUCGAGAACGCCGAGUGCUGCAAUCUGCCAGCGCACUAUCUCUGCAAAUGUAGGGACGGCUAUGAGGGCGAUGGCGAGGUGCUGUGCACAGACCUCGACGAGUGCCAAAGUCCCACGGCCUGCGGCACUGGUGCGCAAUGCAUCAACACGCCCGGCAAUUACACCUGCGCAUGUCCCGAAGGCUACCAUGGCGAUCCAUAUUACAGCUGUACGGACAUCGACGAGUGCACGCAUCCGAAUGCCUGCGGCCCAGGCGCCAUCUGUACGAACCUCGAGGGCGGUUAUCGCUGCGACUGCCCGGAGGGUUACGACGGUGAUGCGCGCUCCGCCAACGGCUGUGCCGACUAUGAUGAGUGUGCGCGUUCGCCAUGCGGUCGUAAUGCGCAGUGCCUGAAUACGGACGGUAGCUUCAAGUGUAUCUGCCCCGAUGGCUACGCGGGUGAUCCCAGUCAAGGUUGUGAAGACGUCGACGAAUGCUCCACUAACAAUCCAUGCGGUUUGGGUGCUGAAUGCGUGAAUAUUGGCGGUAGCUUUGCGUGCCAUUGUCCGCCCGGCUAUGCGCUCGAAUUCGAACGGGAGUAUAGUCUGGGUGGCGGCGGUAUCUAUGGCGGCAAUGGCACAACACUAAGGGUAACCGGCGCCGGUUUAGCUUGUGUCGAUAUCGAUGAAUGUAAUAUGGAUAAUGGUGUGGCCAAGUGUGGCACGAACGCAAAAUGCAUUAACUUUCCGGGCUCAUAUCGUUGCUUAUGUCCGAGCGGCUUUCAAGGACAGGGGUAUUUGCAUUGUGAAAACAUCAACGAGUGCCAGGACAAUCCUUGUGGCGAGAAUGCGAUCUGCACCGACACCGUCGGCAGCUUUGUCUGCACCUGUAAAACGGACUACACCGGCGAUCCCUUCCGCGGCUGCACGGACAUCGAUGAGUGUACCGCACUAGAGAAACCCUGCGGCACACAUGCCAUAUGCGAAAAUGCCGUACCCGGCUAUAAUUGUAAGUGUCCACAGGGCUUCGAUGGAAAGCCAGACCCGAAAGUGGCCUGCGAACAGGUCGAUGUUAAUAUACUUUGUCGCAGCAGUUUCGAUUGCACCAACAAUGCUGAAUGUAUUGAGAAUCAAUGUUUUUGUUUGGAUGGCUUCGAACCGAUUGGCUCCAGUUGUGUGGACAUCGAUGAAUGUCGCACGCAUGCGGACGCCUGUGGCGUGCACGCACAAUGUAUAAAUACGCCCGGUUCGUUCCGUUGCGAUUGUGAGGCUGGCUUUGUGGGCACACCGCCGCGCAUAGCUUGUAAGGAACCCUGUGAGGAUGUGCACUGUGGCGAGCAUGCUUACUGCAAACCGGAUGGCAAUGAGGCUUAUUGUAUUUGCGAGGACGGUUGGACUUUCAAUCCCAGUGACAUCUCAGCCGGUUGUGUGGAUAUUGACGAGUGUGAUGCGGUACAUGGUCCCUUUGGCAGUUGUGGCAUCAAUGCGACGUGCACAAAUACGUUGGGUAGCUUUAGUUGCGCCUGUCCAUCAGGCUUUUCCGGCGAUCCGCAUGCCAAAUGCCUCGACGUGGAUGAAUGUCGCGUAGGCAAUAAGUGUGGUGAAGGUGCGGAAUGUGUUAAUAUGAAUGGCGGCUAUACCUGUCGUUGUCCAGCCGAUUCGAUCGCCGAUCCAGAUCCCACCGUGCGUUGCGUACCGAUUGUUACGUGCGCUUCAAACAACGACUGUCCCGGUAAUGCGAUUUGUGAUGCGGAAAAACGUUGUCUAUGUCCACAACCCAAUAUCGGCAAUGAUUGUCGUCAUCCUUGUGAAGCGGUUAAUUGUGGCGCUCACGCACAAUGCAUGUUGGCUAAUGGCCAAGCGCAAUGCUUGUGUGUCGAGGGUUACACUGGCAGCCCCAAUACACCCGGCGGUUGUAAUGACAUCGACGAAUGUAAGACGAACCCAUGUCAAGCGAAUGCUAUCUGUACCAAUACAGCUGGUGGUUAUCUUUGCCAGUGUCCAAGUGGCGCAAGCGGUGAUCCCUACCGUGAGGGCUGCACUGCAGGAAAAGUCGCAUUCACUUGUUCCGACUCGAAUCCCUGUUCGCCGGGUGAAACCUGCGUCACAGACUCAUAUACCGGUAGUGGCGUGUGUAUUUGUCGACAAGGCUACGAACGCAAUGCAGAGUCAGGUCUCUGUCAGGAUAUGGAUGAAUGUUCGCCGAAUCGUCAGAAGGCGGCUUGCGGCCUUAAUGCGCUUUGUAAAAAUCUACCCGGUAGUUAUGAAUGUAAAUGUCCACAAGGCUUUAGCGGCAAUCCCUUCGUUAUGUGCGAGCAAUGCAAAUCAUCGGAAUGUCAAUGUCAACCACCCUACAAGUUGGUCGGCAACAGUUGUAUACUCGCCGAUUGCUCAAAGGAUAAGAAAUGUCCGAACGGUGCUGAGUGUAUUUCAAUCGCUGGUGGCGUUAGUUACUGUGCCUGUCCGAAAGGCUAUAAGACCGGACCCGAUGGUUCAUGCGUUGAUGUGAAUGAAUGUGUGGAACGUGACUCACAAGUGUGCGCUUUUGGCGCUGAAUGUAUUAAUAUACCCGGCGGUUUCACGUGUGCAUGCCCUGAGGGCUAUAACGGCGACCCCUACCAUGGACUCUGUGCGCCAGCGCAACGUAAAUGCGCUGCCGAUAAGGAAUGUGGCACGAACGAGAAAUGCGUGCAACCUGGCGAAUGUGUCUGUCCACCACCAUUCUUCUUGGAUCUCUACGACAACAACAAGUGUAAAAGUCCUUGCGAACGUUUCCCUUGUGGCAUCAACGCCAAAUGCACACCAACCGAUCCACCACAAUGUAUGUGUGAACCGGGAUUCAAAGGAGAUCCGCUUAUGGGUUGUACCGAUGAGGAUGAGUGUGCGCACUUGCCUUGCGCUUAUGGCGCUUACUGUGUUAAUAAGAAGGGCGGUUAUCAAUGUGUCUGCCCGAAAGGUUUCACAGGUGAUCCAUACAAGAGCGGCUGUAUACUGGAAACCGGCGUACCAAAGAGUAAAUGCACUGCCAACGAAGACUGUGCAAGCAAUUUGGCUUGCGUUGAAGGCACUUGUGUGUCGCCAUGCUCCAGCUUACUUUGUGGACCCAAUGCAUUCUGUGAGACUGACAACCAUGCCGGCUGGUGUCGUUGCCGCGUCGGUUAUAGCAAAGAUCAAAACGGUGAUUGUGUAUCACAAUGUAAGGAUAUCAUUUGUGGAGAGAGCGCUCUCUGCAUACCAACGGCAGAGGGACCAACCUGUAAAUGUCCACAAGGUUCCUUCGGCAAUCCAUUCCCAGGUGGCUCCUGCUCAACAGAUCAAUGUAGUGCCUCACGUCCAUGCGCUGAGCGUCAAGUUUGCAUCAACGGACGCUGUAAGGAACGCUGUGACGGCGUGGUGUGUGGCAUUGGAGCUACUUGUGACAGGAAUAGUGGCAAAUGUGUUUGUGAACCCAACUUUAUCGGCAAUCCAGAUCUCGUGUGUGUACCACCUGUUAAAUAUGCUGAAUGUGAACCGAAGUGCGGUGACAAUGCGCACUGUGAGUAUGGUUUCGGCAAUAGCGUAUGCGCUUGCAACCCCGGCACAACGGGCAAUCCCUACGAGGGUUGUGGUCCACAAAACAAGAAUAUUUGCGCACCCAAUAGCUGCGGUACGAAUGCUGAAUGUCGUGCUGAUGGUCAACAAAUCAGUUGUAUCUGCCCACAAGGGUUCACGGGUAACGCCUACGUGGGCUGCCAAGAUGUAGAUGAGUGUGUGAACAAACCCUGUGGUCUCAAUGCAGCCUGUCUCAAUACACAUGGCGGUUUCGAGUGUCUCUGCCUAUCCGGAUUCGCUGGUGAUCCGUUCAGCAGUUGCCAACCUGUCGAUACUACAUUCUGUAAUGAUGCUGAUAGAUGCGAAUGUAAUGCCCGCGUCGAAUGUCCCGAUGGCUACACUUGUGAGAGCGGCAAGUGCAAGAAUUUAUGCUCAAAGACUGCCUGCGGCCCAAGAGCUGCCUGCGAUGGCGGUAAGUGUAUUUGUCCACUCGGUUAUAUUGGAGAUCCAUACGACACCACUAGCGGCUGCACCAUCCGUGGUCAAUGCAACAACGAUGCCGACUGUAAGCUCUCGGAAAUUUGCUUCCAAUUGGGCAAAGGUUUGCGCAAAUGUGUUGAUGCCUGCUCAAAGAUUCAGUGCGGUCCGAAUGCGCUUUGCGUGUCAAACGAUCAUCGUUCGUCUUGUAUCUGCACUGAUGGUUAUUUCGGCAAUCCAAGCAAUCUACAAGUGGGUUGCCAACCCGAACGAAAAGUUCCAGAUGAAGAGGAUAAAUGCAAAUCGGACAAUGACUGUGAAGCGGGUUACUCGUGUACACCCGAUAUGCACGGCACCAAGGAAUGCAUCAACCGUUGCUCGAAGGUCGUUUGUGGCACGAAUGAAGUGUGCAACAUUGAUGCGAAUGGACAUGCGCUAUGCAAUUGCGCCGAUAGCUUUGUUUGGAAUCCCGUCACUUCAACUUGUGAAAAACCUUCACUGCCUGACUGUACAAGUGAUACGGACUGUCCAGCUGCUUCCGGCUGUAGACCCGACGUGGUCGGUGUACUCAAGUGUGUCUCAAUCUGCGAUGAAUUUACAUGUCCGGCCAAUUCAGUUUGUGUAGCACGUAAUCACGAGGGACGCUGUGAUUGUCUAACCGGCUACGUUGGCAAUCCAAACGAUCGAAAUGGCUGCCAGCCAGUGACGAAGAAUCAAUGCCGCACCAAUGCUGAAUGCGCCGAAUCGGAAGCAUGUGUAAAAUAUGGACCUACUGAGAGUCUGACUUGCCGACCAGCUUGUGAGAGUGUUAAGUGCGGUCCACGUGCCGUAUGCAUCACUAAUAAUCACAUCGCUCAGUGCCAAUGUCCACCAGGACCAUAUGCUGGUGAUCCAAAUGAUCCAUUCAAUGGCUGUCAGAGCGUACCAUGUGUCUACAAUCACGACUGUCCACCAACCAAAAUGUGUAACCGUAUGACACAUACUUGCUACGAUGUCUGCGAUGAAGAGUCCUGUGGAGAAAACGCCAUUUGUAUUGCUGAAGAUCAUCGUGCCGUGUGUCAAUGUCCACCAGGCUUCAAAGGAAAUCCCAUGCCCGAAGUGGAGUGCACAAAAGUUAGCGGCUGUCAGCCCGGCACAUGUCAUCAUUCUGCCAUUUGUGAGGUCACACCAACUGGACCAAUGUGCCGCUGUCCCGAAAAUUUCAUCGGCGAACCCGAAACAACCGGCUGUCGUCCAGUAGGCCAAUGUCCAAAUGGCGAUGCCGAUUGUCCAGCAAAUACCAUUUGUGCUGGUGGUCGUUGCAUUGAUCCCUGUGAGAACGCUUGCGGUCAGAACUCCGAAUGUAAGGUGGUUAAUCGCAAACCAGUUUGCAGUUGCCCAUUGAAGUUCCAACAAAAUGGUGAAUCACCUAAAGAAGGAUGUGUACGUUCAGUGUCUAGAUGUAGGUCUGACAUCGACUGUGGAGGUGAAAUUUGCUACAAUGGACAAUGUCGAGUAGCUUGCCGUAAUGCAAACGACUGUUCGGUAGGAGAAAAAUGUUUGAGUAAUAUUUGUGUAAUACCUUGCUUGGACCAUAGUCAGUGUACAUCGGGUUUGGCCUGCUUGGAUGGCCUUUGCGUCCUUGGCUGUCGCAGCAAUAAGGAUUGCCCAUCGGACCAAUCAUGCAUCAACAAUAAAUGUGGCGAUCCCUGCAAGACAGGUGGCAUUUGCGGUCCCAAUGCGCUCUGUAGCAUCGACAAACAUCUCAGCCAGUGCACUUGCCCCGAAGGAUUCGAGGGUAAUCCCACACCCGAUCAAGGUUGUGUACGUGUACCGGCGCCAUGCUUGGCUACCAAUCAAUGCCCAAGCAGUCAUAUGUGUAUCGGCAACCAAUGUAAUUUGCCCUGUCAGAAGACAACGGCUUGUGCAAUCGGCGAACGUUGCUAUCAGAAUGUUUGUCGCAAAGUUUGUUACACAAGCAACAACUGUUUGCCUGGUGAAAUAUGUAAUAAUGACGGCACUUGCCAACCUGGCUGUGACUCCGAUGCUGAUUGUCCACCUACAGAACUCUGUCUCAGCGGUAAAUGCAAAUGUGCUGCCGGUUUUAUUGGCACACCCUUCGGUUGUUCCGACAUUGAUGAAUGUACUGAGGAGCCUUGUCAUCCCACGGCACGUUGCGAGAACCUCCCCGGUUCUUAUCGCUGUAUUUGCCCCGAAGGCACAGUGGGUGAUGGUCUAACUCAACAAGGUUGCAUUAAACCAAAAGAAUGUUAUAAGGAUGACGAUUGCGCGAACAAUCUAGCUUGCAUUAGUGAUAAGUGUACAGAGCCCUGCAGCAACACCACUUGUGGACCGAAUGCGCUUUGCAAUGCAGAAAAUCAUCAAGCCUCUUGUUAUUGCCCACCCGGCCAUUUGGGUGAUGCCAGCGAGCAUACAGUCGGCUGUUUCAAGGUCGAAUGUAUUGUCAGUGAGGACUGUGCCAGCGAUAAGGCUUGCGAUGACGAGACUAAUCGUUGCAUCAAACCAUGCGAUCUUAUUUCAUGCGGCAAAGGCAGUUGUAGUGUUUCAAAUCAUCAAGCGUUAUGUACUUGCUACGAGGGUUACCAGCUCGUAAACAACAUCUGCGAAGAUAUCAACGAAUGUCUCUCUCAACCUUGCCACAGCACAGCUUUCUGCGAAAAUCAACCCGGCUCAUACCAAUGCCAAUGUCCGGAAGGUCUUAUCGGCGAUCCAAUUCAUGUGGGUUGUCGAGAUCCCAACGAAUGUCUGACCGACUCGGAUUGCCCCUCAAGCGCAAGUUGUCAAAAUUCACGCUGUCGCAGCCCGUGUGAACGCGAGAAUGUCUGCGGUCUUAAUGCCACCUGUUUGGCGCAAUCACACAAUGCCAUUUGCACUUGUCCACCCAAUUCACGUGGUGAUCCAUCCAUUGAAUGCGUCUACAUCGAGUGCUCGGAAAACGAGGACUGUGCUAAUGAGAAAACCUGCAUGGACUCCAAAUGUAUUGAUCCCUGCGCUUUGCCAAAUGUUUGUGGUACUAAUGCGCGUUGCACUGCCCAGAACCAUAUCGGUGUUUGUACCUGCGAAAGUGGCACAACGGGCGAUGCACAACUCGGCUGUGUCGCGCUACAAUACUGCAACACAGACAGUCAGUGCGCUUCAGGCACAAUAUGUACCAACGGCAUCUGCGCUUCACUCUGUAGUUCCGUGCGUGAUUGCAUCUCGGAUCAAUUGUGCAUACAGGGCGUUUGUCAGCCCACAUGCCGUUCGAACUCUUCAUGCCCCGAAUUCCAAUAUUGUCACAAUAGCAUUUGCACCAAGGAGGUGCUUUGUCGUAACGACGACGACUGUGAUGUGAAUGAGAACUGUAUACAGGAUACGUAUGGACGCGCUUCAUGCGAGAAUGUUUGUCUGGGUCGCGCUCUUUGCGGACGCAAUGCUGAGUGUAUAGCACGUAGCCACGCACCCGACUGUGAAUGCAAGGAAGGAUUCUUCGGUGAUCCGAAGAGUGGUUGUCGAAAGAUCGAAUGUUCUACGGACGCAGAGUGUUCCAAUGAUAAGACAUGCGAUGAUCAUAUGUGUAAAAUAGCUUGCCUUAUCGGCGAACCGUGUGGUGAAAAUGCCCUAUGUACCACGGAAAAUCAUAAACAGGUUUGUCACUGUCAGCCUGGCUUUACCGGUGAUCCGCGCGUACGUUGUGACGUUGUCGACUUUUGUAAGGAUGCGCCAUGCGGUCCGGGUGCACGUUGCCGCAAUUCGCGUGGUUCAUUUAAAUGUACUUGCCCUCCCGGUUUGGUUGGUGAUCCCUACAAUGAAGGUUGUCGCACCGCGGUGGAGUGUGAAACUAGCGAAGAUUGUCCCCCGCAUGCUGAAUGCACCAAAAUUAACGGUAUAUCCAAAUGUCAAGAUGUUUGUGCGAAUGUUAAAUGUGGCACGAAUGCCGAAUGUAUACCUAAGGGUCAUCAAGCUCAUUGUGCAUGCCGUAAUGGUUACGACGGUAAUCCCGCCGAUCGGAUUGCCGGUUGUAAGCCACUACCCGUACCAUGUCAAAUGACCAGCGACUGCCCGACCAAUACCUACUGUUCGGAUAGUAUUUGUAAACCUGCCUGCAUACUCGACACCGAAUGUGGCGCUACGGAAGUAUGUCAAGGUGGUCAAUGCGUGAAUCCCUGCCUGCAGGCACAAGCUUGCGGCAUGAAUGCUGAAUGCCACAUACAGACACACUACAAACAAUGCACCUGUCCAGCUGGUUUCACCGGCAAUCCAGAGGUGGAAUGUGUGCGAAUACCGGUGGCUUGUAAUAGUGAUGUGGAAUGCCACGAAGACUAUAACUGUCACGACUCAAUGUGCCAGCCCGCUUGCCAAAGCGACCAGGAUUGUGCCUUGAAUGAGAAGUGUCUACGCGGUAGCUGUAUGCUAACCUGUCGCGUGGACAAUGACUGCUUCCUGGGACAUGUUUGUCUACAUAAUAAAUGCGUUUAUGGUUGUCGUACCGACGAUGAUUGUAGCGGAUCCGAGUCCUGUCGUCAUGAUAAGUGUAUCAAUCCUUGCCUAGAUAAUCCUUGUGGUCCCAAUGCUGCCUGCUCCGUAUCGAAUCAUCGUGCUAUUUGCAGCUGUCUGGAUGGUAUGGUACCGAAUCCAACACCGCAAGUCGGUUGUGUACGCAGUCCACCGCUCGAUUGUAAUGAGAAUCGUGACUGUCCGAAUGGUCUGGCUUGCUUUGAGUUUGCCUGCCGUCCGCUGUGUGCCGAUAACGCCGGUUGUCUUACGAAUGAGCGCUGUCAAGGUGGCGUCUGCAAGCCGCUUUGUCGACGUGACGACGAUUGUCGCGGUAGCGAAGUAUGUUUGGGACUAAGCUGCGUAGCUGGUUGCCGUUCGGAUCAAGGCUGCCCACAGGAUCUAUCAUGUGUCAAUCAACAGUGCAUCAAUCCAUGCGCCGAACCUGCUGCAUGUGGCACCAAUGCCGAAUGUUUGGUCAUUGAUCAUCGCAAGCAAUGCACAUGCCCACAAGGGCUUAUCGGCAAUGCGGAGGUGUCGUGUAAAGCGCCGCGUACCGCUUGUACGCGCAAUGAGGACUGCGAUGGAAAUCAACUUUGCUAUGGUGGCAGCUGUCAAGGUAAAUGCCGCAAUGAUCAAAACUGUUUGGCCGAUGAGCGUUGCAUGCGCGGUACGUGUCGCACCGUUUGCAAUACGGACUCAGCUUGCGCACAAGGACAGAUUUGCGAAAAUCGUGUAUGCCAAAUUGGUUGUCGCAAUGAUCUCACCUGCCCCAGCAGUGAGGCGUGCGUCAACAAGAAGUGCAAGAAUCCCUGCGAGGCACCCGGUCAAUGUGGUCAGUGCGCCAACUGUUUGGUGGUCAACCACGGGGUACAGUGUAGCUGCCCGAAUGGUUUUCUUGGCGAUGGACUUAGCGGCUGUCAACAGCCACCACAACGCUGCAACGCCAACUGUCAGUGUGACGAGACAAAUACGUACUGCGCCGACGCCUGUGCGCGCACCGAAGACUGCGCCUGUGGACAAGUUUGCACGCGUGGUAAAUGUCGCCAAAAGUGCGGCGCCGGACGCAAUUGUCCUCUGGGACAACUCUGCGAACGCGGCACAUGUCUGGCUGGCUGCAAAGCCAACACCGAUUGUCCCACCGAUCAAAGCUGUAUCAAAGGAAAAUGCGCCGAUCCGUGCACAGAUAAGUCUGCUUGCGGCCGUAAUGCGCUCUGCACUGUCUCCGAUCAUCGCAUGCUGUGUUAUUGUCCCGAUGGCUACGAAGGUGAACCCAGCACCGAAUGCGUACAAUUUGAAUGUGCGCAGGAUAAUGACUGUGAACCGAACAAACGUUGUGAUGCGGGUAAAUGUCGCAACCCGUGCUUGGAAUAUGGCGCGUGUGGUGUUAAUGCACAAUGUCGUGUCGUGGAUCGUAAGCCACAAUGCUCAUGCCCACCCGACUACUUUGGCACACCCGAAACUGAGUGUCGUCCACUCGAUGGCGGUUGCGCGAAUCAUCCGUGCGGCGCUAAUUCCAAAUGUACUGAGGUGCCUGGCGGUUAUGAGUGCGCCUGCAUGGACGGCUGUAUGGGUGAUGCGCACAAGGGUUGCGUCUGCGAGGGACAUCUGGUGAAUGCGUGCGCUGAACAACCAUGUGGACAGAAUGCUGCUUGCCGCGUCUUGGAUCAUAAUGAAGCGCAAUGUUAUUGCCCGGCGGAAUUCCCCUAUGGCGAUGCUUAUGUAGAAUGCUACUUAACACCACCACAAGAGGACUGUCGCACGCAGGGUUGCAUAACGGGCGAAUGUGUACGCCAAGGCGUCGACUACGUGUGCCGUCACGAAAUCGGCUGCGCUUCGAGCGAUGAAUGCCCAACACAACGCGCCUGCAUUAAUGGCGUGUGCUUGGAUCCCUGCUCGUCUGCGAAUCCAUGUGGACGUGAUCAGGAGUGCCAAGUGAUAGAACAUCAACCGGUUUGUUCGAAAGCAACUGGCCGCACACCUGGCUGUGAGCACUGCCCACCAGGCACCAACUGUGAUCCCACAACUGGCGCCUGCAUCAAAGCUGAGUGUACGCGCGAUGCCGAUUGUGACAUUACGGAGGCUUGCAUCAACCGACGCUGUCAGCAUCCUUGCGAUGCGCAUAAUCCCUGUGCGCAAAAUGCGGUCUGCAUGAACGCGAAUCACGCGGCCGACUGCAGCUGUGUGGAUGGCUAUCAAGGCAACGGUUUCAUUGGCUGCCAACCAGCGCUCGACCAUACGCCUGUCUGUCAGUACAACGAGGACUGCCCGCCAACGAAACUCUGCGAUCGUCUAAAUCGCCGUUGCAUCAAUCCCUGCUUCGAGGACUCGUGCGGUGAGAAUGCCGAGUGUAUACCUGUCAAUCAUGGCAUUGAAUGCCGCUGUCUGGCCGGCUUCGUCGGUAAUGCUUACAUCGAAUGCUCGCAGCUGCAAGGCUGUCGUGCGGAUCGCGAAUGUGACGCUAGUCAGGCGUGCAUUAAUGGUAAAUGCGCUUCGCCGUGUCGCUGUGGCGCCAAUGCGCUCUGUGACGUUGUCAAUCAUCGCGGUGUCUGCAAAUGUCCACCAGGUUAUGCCGGUCGGCCGGAAGUUGCUUGUAAUCCACCCACCAAUCCAUGUGAGCCGAACCCGUGUGGUGUCAACGCGCUAUGUGAGCUGGAUAAUGGCAAUCCUAUAUGUUACUGCCCGAAAGGACUUACCGGUAAUCCGUUCAAGAAUUGCAUACCCGAAGGCGACGAGUGUCGUCCGAAUCCUUGUGGCCCCAAUUCUGGUUGUCGCAUGGUGAACGACGCGCCAACUUGCUUCUGUUUACCCGAAUAUGAAGGUCAGCCGCCGCUGGUGCCGUGUGAGGUGCCAAAGAGCCCUUGUGAUCCAUCACCUUGUGGCCCGAAUACACAAUGCGCUGUGCUCAGCAACGGUUUCUCGAAAUGUACAUGCUUACCGGGUUAUGUUGAAAGUCCCAACACAAUACGCGGUUGCAUAGAACCUGUAAAUCCAUGUGAUCCCAGUCCUUGCGGUCCGGGUGCAGUUUGUGAUUCCUCACGUACACCAGUUUGUUUCUGCCCAGAUGGCAAGAUUGGCAAUCCAUUUAAGGCUUGUGAAAAACCACCAGUUUCCGAUGAGCUAUGCACACCAGGUCCAUGUGGACGUAAUGCUGAUUGUUAUGUUACUGGCAAUCGCGAAGAAUGUUAUUGCCGUUCUGGUUAUAUUGGUGAUCCUUAUCAGGGUUGCCGCGAGCCACCUCGUAGCGCCUGUGAACCUAAUCCAUGUGGUCCAAAUGCUGAAUGUGUUGUUGCUGGUGAUGGUCAAAGUGCAUGCAUCUGUCCUGAUGGUUUAUCUGGAGAUCCGACGUCAACUAAAGGCUGCCAUGGCUACGAAUGUCAAGUGGAUGCCGAUUGUCCACACAAUAGAGCCUGUAUGGGUUUCAAGUGUUACGAUCCUUGUCCAGGUGCUUGCGGUCAAGGAGCCAAUUGCCGCGUGGAAGAACAUCAUCCCGUUUGCUCAUGCAAUGCUGGACUCACUGGUAAUCCGGGCAUUCGUUGUUACGCGCUAGAUAUACCGAAGACGCCAAGCCGUAAUCCCUGUUUGCCUAGUCCUUGUGGUAUAAAUAGUGAAUGCAAGUUAUUAAAUCAUCGCGCCGUAUGCUCUUGCUUGCCUGGUUAUUUGGGUGAUCCACAGAGUGGUUGUCGCGCAGAGUGUGACAUCAAUUCAGACUGCGGCACCGCACAGGCUUGUAUCAACCAUAAAUGUAUCGACCCAUGUGCUGGCACAGUGUGUGGCAUCAAUGCUAUUUGCAGAGUACGACAACACACACCGCUCUGUGCCUGCCUCGACGGCUUCACCGGCGAUGCUUUCCGUCAAUGUAUACCUGUUGGAGUGCUAAAGAAUGUAACUCGAGAUCCAUGUGCACCAUCUCCUUGUGGACCACAUGAUGUCUGCUCUAUAUACGGUGAUGGUGUAGCCCUGUGUGAUCCAUGCUUUGGACCCAAUGCUCAACAAAAUCCACGUUGCCGACCUGAAUGUGUCUCUAACUCAGACUGUCCCUUCGAUCGCGCUUGCUUGGGUCAACGCUGCUUGGAUCCAUGCCCAGGCUCAUGCGGACACAACGCUGUAUGUAAUGUCUAUGAACACAAUCCCAUUUGUAGUUGCCCACCUGGCUUAUAUGGCAAUCCAUAUGAGCACUGUUCACCACCAUCACCGUUCGUACCGGCGCCAUCGCCGAGUUGUGAGAAACUGCAAUGUGGCGCUAAUGCUGAAUGUAAGAAGCGCAACGGCGCAUUAACUUGUGUCUGUCGUACGGGCUACUUUGGUGAUCCUUUCAUCGGUUGCCGCCCAGAAUGUGUGCUUAACUCCGAUUGUCCUGCUGAAAAAUCCUGCGUCAACUCGAAAUGUGUAGACUCAUGUGUAGGCGUAUGUGGCAUUAACGCUAUGUGUCGCAUAGUAAAUCAUGCUCCUGUGUGCUUGUGUGUCGAAGGUUACACUGGUGACGCUGCUGUACAAUGCAAUCCUUACUACUUACCACCAGAAAGACCAGCAGACAGACCACGUAAUCCAUGUGAACCAUCACCAUGUGGUCCCAAUUCUCGUUGCUUGACCUCACCCGAUGGUUAUGCGGCCUGUUCAUGUCUGCCGAACUUCAAGGGUUCACCGCCAGUUUGUCAACCAGAGUGUGUUGUAAGCUCCGAGUGUCCGCUAAACAAAGCUUGUAUUAAUCAACGUUGCGCCGAUCCUUGUCCUGGUACAUGCGGCGUAGAAGCACGUUGCGAAGUCUUAAACCACAACCCAAUUUGCUCUUGCGAGCCCGGUUUUGAGGGCGAUCCAUUUGUAUCUUGUAGCCGCAUACCGGAGGAACGUACGGACACUGAACGCAAACCCGAAAAUCCAUGUGCACCGUCGCCUUGUGGACCCAAUUCCAUCUGCCAAAUAAAACAGGGACGUCCAGUAUGUUCAUGUGUUGCCAAUUAUAUUGGCAGUCCACCAUAUUGUCGUCCAGAAUGUACACUAAAUACUGAAUGUCCAGCCGACAAGGCGUGUAUACAGGAGAAAUGUCAAAACCCAUGUGCGAAUACAUGUGGACACAAUGCACGUUGCACGGUGAUCGCACAUGCGGCGCACUGUAGCUGCGAACAGGGUUAUGAGGGAGACGCCUUCGUCGGUUGUUCCAAAAUCGAUGAAAAACCAAAAGACCGCAUCGAUCCCUGUUAUCCAAGCCCCUGCGGUGAGAAUGCAUUGUGUAGUGAACGUAACGGCGAGGCACGCUGUAGCUGUAUUGAACCAUAUAUUGGUGAUCCCUACACCACCGGUUGUCGUCCGGAAUGUGUUUAUAAUGCCGAGUGUCCAUCGUCUUUGGCUUGUAUUAAACAGCAUUGUCGCGACCCCUGCGUUGGCACCUGUGGCUCGAAUGCCGAGUGUGCUGUGGUCAAUCAUAUACCGACAUGUAGUUGUGUACGUGGCUACGAAGGUGAUCCCUUUACCGGCUGCAAACGUGAAGAUUACCCCAUCGGACCACUCAGCCCUUGCGAACCGACACCGUGCGGUGCCAAUAGUAUUUGUCGCGUGGUUGAUGGUCGCCCAGCCUGCUCUUGCCAAGUAGGUUACUUCGGUGCACCACCCAACUGUCGUCCGGAAUGUGUUGUCAGCUCAGAGUGUUCACAAAAUUUGGCAUGUAUCAAUCAAAAGUGCGUAGAUCCUUGUAUCGGCACAUGUGGCUUCAAUGCCAAAUGCCAGGUGGUCAAUCACAAUCCAAUAUGCUCAUGUUCAGUCGACUAUAUGGGUGAUCCGUUCGAACAAUGUACACCGAAACCGCGCGAACCUCCACCAAAGGUUAAUCCAUGUUUACCCAGCCCUUGCGGUCCUAAUGCCGAGUGUCGGGAAGUCGAUAAUCGUGCUGCUUGCAGUUGCUCGCCGGGUAUGUUUGGUGCACCGCCCAAUUGUCGUCCGGAAUGUGUUAUCCAUCAAGAUUGUCCAUCGAAUCGCGCUUGCAUACGUCAACGUUGUGAGGAUCCUUGUGCUGGCGCUUGCGGUUUUAAUGCCCUUUGCACAGCACAAAAUCACAAGCCUGUGUGUUCGUGUCUCGAGGGUUACGAAGGUGACCCGUAUGCUGGUUGCAAUACACCGCAAAUCGUAGUGCCUGACAUAUCCGCCGAUCCAUGCAAUCCAUCGCCUUGCGGCUCAAAUGCCAUUUGCCGAAAUCGCAAUGGUGCUGGUUCAUGCACCUGCAUUCAAGAUUACUUCGGUGAUCCGUAUAUAAAUUGUAGGCCCGAGUGCGUACAGAAUAGCGAUUGUGUGUCCACGAAAUCUUGUGUAAAUAUGAAAUGCGUCGAUCCAUGUAUAGGUCUGUGUGGUUUCAAUGCGGAAUGUCGCGUUUCGCAUCAUAUACCGGUUUGCACUUGCAUAUCCGGCUUUACGGGCAACCCAAUGCGUAGCUGCCAGGAGAAACCAUCAAAUAUGUAUUUGCCCAUACCCCGUGAUCCUUGUCGUCCCUCACCAUGUGGUGUGUACAGUACUUGCCGUGUGGCAAGUAAUCGCGCCGUUUGUUCUUGCCUACCCAACUAUAGGGGUCAUCCACCGAAUUGCAGACCAGAGUGCAUGCUCAGUUCUGAAUGCGCUUCGAACCGGGCUUGUAUUAAUAUGCGUUGUCAAGAUCCAUGUCCCGGCACUUGUGGUCAGAAUGCACGUUGCCGCAUUACCAACCACUCACCGAUUUGUAGCUGUAUUGAUGGUUAUACUGGCGAUCCAUUCCAGCAAUGUCUACCUGAAAGAAAACCAUUAGAUACGCCACGUUUACCACCACAAAAUCCUUGUAUACCCAGCCCUUGUGGCCCGAAUUCACAAUGUCGCGCUUCCAGCUCCGGUGCUGUUUGCUCGUGUGUGGCCAAUUACAUUGGUCGUCCACCGAACUGUCGCCCGGAAUGUACAAUCAAUUCGGAGUGCCCUGCGCAUUUGGCUUGUAUGAAUACACGUUGUGCCGAUCCCUGUGUGGGUUCGUGCGGCAACAAUGCACGCUGUCAAGUCAGUGCGCAUGCGCCGAUUUGUAUGUGCGAACCAGGUUAUACCGGCGAUCCGUUCUCUGGCUGCUACAAAGUCAUACCAAUACCCGAUGAACCAGUUCAACCAUGUCGACCCAGUCCAUGUGGCUUGAAUGCCAUUUGUGAGGAGCGCAAUCGCGCGGCCUCAUGCAAAUGCAUACCCGAAUAUUUCGGCGAUCCAUAUGUUGAAUGUCGACCGGAGUGUGUCAUUAAUUCGGAUUGUCCGAAGGCACGCGCCUGCAUCAACAACAAAUGUAUCGAUCCCUGUCCGGGUAUGUGUGGGCGUAAUGCCGAAUGCGUCGUCCUUAACCAUGCACCGAACUGCGAAUGCUUUAACGGCUACACUGGAAAUCCCAUCAGCGGUUGCUCACCCAUACCAGAGCCACCACCGCAAUAUGAACCUCCGGUACCUGUCAACCCUUGUCAGCCAUCGCCUUGUGGGCUGUAUAGCAAUUGCCGACCUGUCAAUGGCCACGCAGUGUGCUCAUGUUUACCGAACUAUUUGGGUGCACCACCCAACUGUCGUCCGGAAUGUAUGAGCAGCUCUGAUUGCGCACAAGACAAGUCGUGCAUCAAUGAACGUUGUAAAGAUCCCUGCCCCGGUACUUGUGGAAAUAAUGCGCUUUGUCGCGUCGUCAAUCACAAUCCGAUUUGCUCGUGUACACCUGGUUACACUGGUGACCCAUUUGUACGCUGCAUCUACGAAGAGAAACGUCCUAUUAUAAGAGAUCCCAUAAAUCCAUGUGUACCAUCGCCGUGCGGUCCGAAUUCCCAGUGUCAAGUGUCGAAUGCAAACGGUCAAGCUGUGUGCUCGUGUCUGCCCAAUUACAUCGGCAGAGCACCGAAUUGCCGACCCGAAUGCACGUCGAAUUCGGAGUGUCGCGGUAAUAUGGCUUGCAUCAAUCAACGCUGUCAAGAUCCUUGCCAAGGUUCAUGUGGCUCAUAUACGACAUGUAUUGUAAAUAAUCAUAGACCAAUUUGCCGCUGCUUGGAUGGUUAUACGGGUGAUCCUUUCUCAGGAUGUAGUCCACAAAUUAAUAUACCGCCAGAAAUUCCAAUGCCUUGCAAUCCCAGCCCUUGCGGUGCUAAUGCUGUGUGCAAGGAACGAAACGGCGUUGGCGCUUGUACCUGCUUGCCUGAGUACUCUGGAGAUCCAUACACGGAAUGCCGUCCCGAAUGUGUGUUGAAUACCGACUGCCCGAAGAAUCUCGCUUGUAUGAACAACAAAUGUCGCGAUCCAUGUCCAGGAGUAUGCGGCGUUGGUGCCGAAUGUCACGUAAUUAAUCACGCGCCCAGCUGUAGUUGUCCAUCGGGUUAUACGGGUAACCCCUCGGAAUAUUGUCGCGAACAACCAAAACACAUCGAACCCGCGCAGCCUUGCCGUCCUUCGCCAUGUGGCCCUUACAGCCAAUGUCGUGAAGUGAACGGACAUGCAGUCUGUUCGUGCAUUACCAAUUACAUUGGUGCACCGCCGUCUUGUCGCCCCGAAUGCUCGGUUAGUUCCGAGUGUGCGCAGGACAAGGCUUGUGUGAAUUUGCGCUGUGUAGACCCAUGUCCGGGCACUUGCGGCAACGAAGCACGCUGUAAGGUCACAAACCAUAAUCCGAUUUGUACAUGUCCACCUGGCUACUCAGGAGAUCCUUUCAUACGUUGCUUGAUCAAAGAACAGGAACCACGCUUGCCUACAAGACCAACCAACCCUUGUGUUCCAAGUCCAUGUGGACCGAACUCACAAUGUCGCGCUGUUGGCGAAACGCCAGUCUGUUCAUGCUUACCGAACUUUGUAGGACGUGCACCGAAUUGCCGUCCCGAAUGUACGCUCAACUCGGAAUGUCCGGCCAAUUUGGCUUGCAUAAAUGAGCGUUGUAAAGAUCCCUGCCCUGGCUCUUGUGGUUUCAAUGCCUUCUGUAAUGUCGUAAAUCAUUCACCAGUGUGCAGUUGUGAUACUGGCUUUACCGGCGAUCCUUUCGCAGGUUGCAAUCCAACGCCCACCGCUAUACCCGAGGAACGUCUUACACCCUGUAUUCCAUCACCUUGCGGUCCCAACGCCGAAUGUAGAGAGCGCAACGGCGCUGGUUCGUGCGUUUGCCUGCCCGAAUACUUUGGAGAUCCGUAUAGUGGUUGCCGUCCUGAAUGUAUUGCCAACUCCGAUUGCCCGCGUGACAAAUCGUGUGUAAACAACAAAUGCACAGAUCCCUGCCCAGGUGUUUGCGGCUUGAAUGCGGAAUGUCGAGUGAAUAAUCAUGCGCCAACAUGUCAUUGCCUACAGGGUUACACGGGUAACCCACUAAGCGCUUGCCGUGAAAUACCACAACUACCGCCAGCACCAACCCCGAAAGACACUAAUCCUUGCGUACCGUCACCAUGUGGUCCCUACAGUCAAUGCCGUGAGGUGAAUGGCCAUGCUGUUUGCUCCUGCCAGACAAAUUUCAUUGGUUCACCGCCGAAUUGCAAACCCGAAUGUAUUGUUUCCUCAGACUGCGCACAAAAUCUUGCAUGCCAAAAUCAGAAAUGUGUUGAUCCCUGCCCUGGUACUUGUGGCAGUGACGCGCGCUGUCAAGUCAUUAAUCAUUAUGCGGCGUGCUCUUGCCCACCCGGUUAUACCGGCGAUCCCUUCAGUAGAUGUAUUAAAAUUAAACUGGACGUGCCAGUACCUAAGCCUGGUAAUCCUUGUGUACCUUCACCAUGUGGACCCAACUCGAAAUGUGUCGAAGUUGGCGAUUCACCUGCAUGCUCCUGUUUGCCUAACUACUUGGGGCGACCACCUAAUUGCCGUCCCGAGUGUCUAAGUAGUUCAGACUGUCCAGCUGAUUUAGCUUGUACUAAUCAGAAAUGUACAAAUCCUUGUAUCGGCGCUUGCGGUGUACAUACACAAUGUACAGUUAUUAAACACAAUCCGACGUGCCAAUGUGAAAUCGGCUAUACUGGAGAUCCUUUCUCCGGUUGUGCCAUUGUAAAAAUGACUCCAACAGAGGCACCACGCAAUCCAUGCAAUCCCAGUCCCUGCGGUGCAAACGCAGUUUGUCGUGAGCGUAAUGGUGCUGGUUCUUGCUCAUGUUUGCCUGAAUACUUUGGUGAUCCGUAUAGCGGCUGCCGCCCAGAAUGUGUACAAAAUUCGGACUGCGAUCGUUCACGUGCUUGCAUCAAUAAUAAAUGCCAAGAUCCAUGUCCCGGUGUAUGUGGCAUUAAUGCCGAAUGUCGUGUCUUGAAUCAUGCGCCGAAUUGUAUGUGCUUCGAUGGUUACACCGGUGAUCCACAUCGUUCGUGCGCUGUAAUCGAAGUAACAACGCUGACACCGCUGAAUCCAUGCCAACCGUCGCCAUGUGGUCCCUAUAGUGAAUGCCGUGAAUCUAAUGGACAUGCUGUGUGCUCUUGCGUCGAUGGUUUUGUGGGCGCACCACCAUCUUGUAAGCCGGAAUGUGUUGUUAGUUCGGAGUGUCCACAGAAUAGGGCUUGUUUGAAUCAGAAGUGUGCGGACCCAUGUCGUGGCGCGUGCGGCAACAAUGCACGCUGUCAAGUGGUUAAUCAUAAUCCUAUUUGUACGUGUGCGCCUGGUUUAACUGGCGAUCCCUUCACAUCAUGCAUUGAAGAGAAAGAAACAGUACGUGAUCCACAAAAUCCAUGCGUACCUUCACCAUGUGGUCCCAACUCUUUGUGUCGUGAAAUUGGCGGACAAGCCGCCUGCUCAUGCCAAACGAACUAUGUGGGUCGUCCACCAAACUGCCGUCCGGAAUGCACGAACAAUGAUGAAUGUCCAAAUAAUCUGUCAUGUCAAAAUGAACGUUGCGUCGAUCCUUGUCCCGGCUCUUGCGGCAACAAUGCUUUCUGCAAAGUGGUGCAACAUAAUGCCAUCUGCUCAUGUACCGAUGGUUAUGAAGGCGAUCCAAUAUUGGGUUGCGAUCUAAUACAACCAGUACUGCCAAAACAACCUCCCACAUCGCCCUGUGAGCCUUCGCCCUGCGGUCCGCAUGCCGAGUGCAGAGAGCGUAAUGGCGCUGGCGCUUGUUAUUGUCAUGAGGGCUUCGAGGGUAAUCCUUACGAUGUAGAACGCGGUUGUCGACGAGAAUGUGAAGCUAAUGAUGACUGUUCAACAGCCCAAGCAUGUGUGCGCUUCAAAUGUGUUGACCCGUGCGAGAACAUUUGUGGUGAAUUUGCCAUUUGCUCAGUAGAUAAUCAUGUGCCGACAUGCAACUGCCCACCUGGUUAUAGUGGAGAUCCAUUCUUCCAAUGCAGACAGAUACCAGUUACACCGCCACCGCCAAUCAAUCCAUGCGUACCAUCACCUUGUGGACCAAAUAGUAUCUGCCGUAGCAUAAACGACCAAGCUGUCUGCUCAUGUAAAUCUGGUUUCAUCAAUCAACCACCCAAUUGCCGCCCUGAGUGUGUGGUCAGUUCGGAGUGUGCGCCAGAACGCGCAUGUGUAAACAACAAAUGUGUUGAUCCAUGCUUACAUACUUGCGGCAUACGAGCUAUUUGCACAACGAAGAAUCAUAGCCCCAUCUGUACUUGCCCACGUGGCAUGACCGGUGAUCCAUUUGUACAAUGUUCGAAAAUACCAAUUAUUCACGAUAUUGAACCAACAGAACGUCCACCAUCCUGUGUACCAUCGCCUUGCGGUCCAAAUUCAAAAUGUCAAAUUGUCGGUGGUAGUCCGGCUUGCUCUUGUCUACAAGAUUUCAUUGGCGCGCCACCAAACUGUCGUCCAGAGUGUGUACUCAACUCUGAAUGCGGUCCAACUGAAGCUUGCAUCAAUCAAAAGUGCCGAGAUCCAUGUCCAGGCUCAUGUGGCUUUGAAGCCAAAUGUCAUGUCCUCAAUCAUGUACCAAUUUGCAAUUGUAUUGACGGUUACACCGGCGAUCCAUUUAUACGUUGCAGUCCCAUACCACCAGUAACGGAAACACCAAAAACACCAAACGAUCCUUGCGAUCCAAAUCCGUGCGGACCAAAUGCAGAUUGCUUCAAUGGCGAAUGCCGCUGUCAAGACAAUUAUCAAGGCAAUCCCUAUGAUGGCUGCCGUCCGGAAUGUACACUUUCUGCUGAUUGUGCACGCGAUAAAGCUUGCAUGCGUAACAAAUGUGUGGACCCAUGUCCUGGCACCUGUGGCAUUAAUGCCGUUUGUGAAGUACUCAACCAUAUACCAAUUUGUUCAUGUGUUUCUGACUACGAGGGUGAUCCGUUUAGUAGCUGCAAGCCUAAAGUUGUAAUUGAACGGCCAGAACAGGUUUGUUCACCAUCACCAUGCGGCGCCAACAGUCAGUGUCGCGAUAUCAACGGUCAUGCUGUGUGCUCUUGUUUAGAUGGAUACAUCGGCAGCCCACCACAAUGUCGCCCUGAAUGUGUAGUGUCUAGUGAGUGCUCAGCACUGCAAGCUUGUGUUAACAAAAAGUGUACUGAUCCAUGUGCGGGCUCUUGCGGCAUUGACGCACGUUGUGAAGUCAUCAAUCAUAGCCCAAUUUGUGGUUGCCCGCCCGGUAAAACUGGCGAUCCAUUCAAACGUUGUCUAGAUUUACCACCACCUGAACCACCGAGGGAACGGGAUCCAGGCACACCACGUGAUCCUUGCGUACCAUCACCAUGCGGCCCCAAUUCCAUUUGCAAGGCCAGUGCUAGCGGACCUUCAUGCCAGUGCUUACCAGAGUUCUUCGGCUCACCACCAAAUUGUCGCCCUGAGUGCAUAAUCAACCCAGAUUGUCCAUCCAGCCAAGCAUGUAUCAACAAUAAAUGCCGUGAUCCAUGUCCAGGUUCUUGCGGAACCAAUGCUGAAUGUCGCGUUAUUAGUCAUACUGUUUCCUGCUCAUGUCCCACCGGCUUUGCGGGUAAUGCUUUCGUACAAUGCAUCCCAGCUAUUGAAGAGCCUGUCAAACCAUGCGAACCCUCGCCAUGCGGUCCUAAUGCCGAAUGUAUUGAGCGAAACGGAGCAGCUUCAUGCAAAUGUAUUGACGAUUAUCAAGGCAAUCCUUACGACGGUUGUCGACCCGAAUGUGUACUCAGCUCCGACUGCCCAACAGAUAAGGCUUGCAUACGCAACAAAUGUAAAGAUCCUUGUCCUGGCAUAUGUGGCUCCAAUGCGCAAUGCUAUGCCGUUAAUCAUGUUCCGAACUGUGUUUGUAAUGAUGGUUACACUGGCGAUCCAUUCUCCAACUGUCAACGCCAAGUUACGCCAAUUCCGCCACCACCACAAGGCAAUCCAUGUCAGCCAUCGCCUUGUGGACCGAACAGCAAAUGUCGCGUAUCGAAUAGCCUUGCUGUCUGUUCUUGUUUGGAUACAUUUAUUGGUGCACCACCAAAUUGUAAACCAGAAUGCACAGUCAACACAGAAUGUCCACAAAACAAGGCAUGCCAUAACUUUAGAUGCGCCAAUCCUUGUGCUGGCACAUGCGGCGUGGACGCAAAAUGUGAAGUCAUCAAUCACAAUCCGAUUUGCAGUUGUCCACUAGAUAUGACUGGCGAUCCAUUCUCGCGUUGCUAUCCAGCACCACUACCCGCACCGAAAGACGAGCCUAAGACACCAAAGAAUCCAUGCUUCCCAUCACCGUGUGGCUUAUACGCGGAGUGUCGUGCCAUUGGCGAUCAGCCAUCUUGUUCAUGCCUGUCAAAUUACAUUGGUGUGCCACCAAAUUGCCGACCCGAAUGUGUCGUCAACACAGAUUGCCCAUCGGACAGAUCUUGCAUAGCAGAGAAAUGCCGUAAUCCAUGCGAAGGCACGUGUGGCAUCAACUCCGAGUGCCGUAUACAAAAUCAUCUAGCCAUCUGCACUUGCCGCACUGGCUACACCGGCGAUCCAUUCUCACAAUGCGUAGAAAUCAUCGAAGUCAAGACACCGCCCACAGUUUCAAAGGAUCCUUGUGAUCUGCAACCAUGUGGCGCCAACGCUGAAUGCGACAAUGGCAUCUGCACUUGCAUACGCGACUAUCAAGGUGACCCGUACGUAGGAUGUCGCCCCGAAUGUACGCUCAGCACGGACUGUUCACCUAAUCGUGCUUGUCUCAAUAAGAAAUGUGUCGAUCCUUGUCCGGGCACUUGUGGCCAGAAUGCUCAAUGUGACGUUAGCAAUCAUAUACCAAUAUGCAGCUGUGCAAAGGGUUACACCGGCGAUCCGUUCAUCAACUGUCAUCCUGAGAUACGUGAACCAACACCUAAAGAUCCAUGUCAACCAAAUCCGUGCGGCCCGAACAGUAUUUGUCAAACAACCGCACAAGGUGCUGUCUGCGCCUGUCAGCCAGGCAUGUUGGGCUCACCACCCACCUGCAAGCCAGAAUGUAUAGUCAGCUCCGAGUGUUCACUACAAACCGCAUGCAUACAAAAGAAAUGUGUCGAUCCAUGUCCAGGCGCAUGUGGUCAAUUCGCCAGAUGUCAAGUAAUCAAUCAUAAUCCGAUUUGCACAUGCAAUGCUGGCUAUACUGGCGAUCCGUUUACACGUUGUUAUGAAGAAGAACGUCUCGUUGAGCCACCUACAAAUCCUUGCGUACCAUCACCAUGUGGCCCGAACUCGGAAUGUAAGAUUGUCGGCGAUAGUCCCGCCUGCUCAUGUGCGGUCAGCUUUUUGGGAAAACCACCAAAUUGUCGCCCAGAAUGUACCAUCAAUCCGGAAUGUUCGCCUUCGAAGGCAUGUAUACGUCAGAAAUGUGAAGACCCAUGUGUGGGUUCGUGUGGCUUCAACGCGCGUUGCAAUGUGGCCAAUCAUAUGCCGAUUUGCACUUGUGAAGUGGGAUAUACUGGUGAUCCGUUCACCGGCUGCCAGCCUGUACAAGAGCGUAUCGUACACGAACAAGUUACACCGUGCGAGCCGAAUCCUUGCGGCUCGAAUGCAAUUUGUCGCGAUCGUAACGGCAUUGGCUCGUGUCAAUGUCUACCCGACUACUUUGGCGAUCCGUAUCAAUCGUGUCGACCCGAAUGUGUACGCAAUUCAGAUUGUCCGACACAGCAGGCGUGCACACAACAGAAAUGUCGCGAUCCAUGUCCGGGCACAUGUGGCACGAACGCUGAAUGCAGCGUCACGAAUCAUGUGCCGACAUGUAUGUGCCGCAUCGGUUAUACGGGCGAUCCGUAUCGUUAUUGUCAUGUGGAGCCGCUAGCACCGAUACGUCAAGAGCCACCUACAAACCCUUGUCAACCUUCACCUUGCGGUCCGAAUUCACAGUGUCGCGAACUUAAUGGUCAGGCGGUGUGUUCAUGUUUGGAACGUUAUAUCGGCGUACCGCCAAAUUGUCGUCCGGAAUGUGUGCUUAGCACUGAAUGUGCCUAUGAUAAGGCAUGCAUCAAUCAACGUUGUCAGGAUCCUUGUCCCGGCACUUGUGGCACGAAUGCAGAAUGCCGCGUGCGCAAUCAUAGUCCGUUGUGUCAGUGCCGCAACGGUUUUACCGGUGAUGCUUUCACACGUUGUUAUCCCAUACCACCUGCCCCACCAGCCAUUUCACACGUCGAGCGCGAUCCUUGUGUACCCUCGCCCUGCGGUCCGUAUAGUGAGUGUCGCAACAUCAACGGCGUACCAUCCUGUUCCUGUCUGCAGAGUUAUAUUGGCGCGCCACCAAAUUGUCAUCCGGAGUGUACCAUCAGCGCUGAGUGUCCUUCGAAUAGAGCUUGCAUACGUGAAAAAUGUAUCGAUCCUUGUCCGGGCUCUUGCGGCUUUUCCGCAGAGUGUAGUGUUGUCAAUCAUACACCGAUUUGCACAUGUCCCAAUGGUUAUACGGGCGAUCCAUUCAGCAACUGCCGUCCCUUACCACCAGAACCUAUUAUCAAUGAACCUGUCGAUCCAUGUCAUCCUUCGCCGUGUGGCGCAAAUGCUCAAUGCAACAAUGGCAUUUGUACUUGUCUGCCAGAAUAUCAUGGUGAUCCGUACACAGGCUGUCGUCCAGAAUGUGUCUUGAAUACGGACUGUCCACGUGAUAAGGCGUGCUUGCGCAGCAAAUGUGCUAAUCCAUGUCCAGGCACUUGUGGCGAAAACGCCAUUUGUGAUGUUAUAAACCAUAUACCUAUGUGCAGAUGCCCCGAUGGUACUGUCGGAAGUGCAUUCAUUCGUUGUAGUCCGGCGCCAAAAAUCGUAAAUACAAACCCUUGCCAUCCUUCGCCGUGUGGACCAAACUCACAAUGUCGUGAGGUCAACCAACAAGCAGUUUGUUCUUGUCUGCCAAACUUCAUAGGUAGUCCACCAACUUGCCGUCCUGAGUGUGUAUCGAAUUCCGAUUGUGCACCUACACAGGCUUGCCUUAAUCAAAAAUGUGGUGAUCCAUGCCCUGGUACUUGCGGUAUCGGUGCCAAAUGUACUGUUGUCAAUCACAGCCCAUUCUGCACGUGUCCACCUCGUUUCAGCGGUAAUCCGUUCAUUCGCUGUCAACCGAUAAUUGAACCACCACGCGACGUUGUGCCAACAGAUCCUUGUCGUCCAUCACCAUGCGGACCAUAUGCUCAGUGUCGCCCCAUUGGCGAAGCGCCAUCGUGCUCAUGUCUUGAAUCUUAUAUAGGUCGUCCACCUAAUUGUCGUCCAGAAUGUGUCACGAGCUCUGAUUGUGCCAGCAGCUUGGCUUGUAUAAAUCAGAAAUGUGUUGAUCCAUGUCCGGGUCGUUGUGGCGUCAAUGCGGAAUGCCGUGUGGUUAGCCAUGCAGUACAAUGUACUUGUGUAGUCGGCUAUACUGGCGAUCCAUUUGUGCAAUGUAAUCUACCACCCGAGCGAGAUGCGGUCGAGGUACGCACACCCUGCAGUCCGAGCCCAUGUGGCCCCAAUGCAGUUUGUCGCGAACGUAAUGGCGCUGGUUCAUGCGCUUGUUUGCCUGAAUAUUUCGGUAACCCCUACGAGGGUUGUCGGCCCGAAUGCGUAAUGAAUUCCGACUGCCCAUCGAAUAAGGCAUGCCAACAGCAGAAGUGCCAGGAUCCUUGUCCGGGUACUUGUGGUCAGAAUGCCGAUUGCCAAGUUGUCAAUCAUUUGCCUUCUUGUACAUGCAUUACGGGCUACACGGGUGAUCCAUAUCGCGUGUGCACUCGACCAAUUGAACCUUUACGUACGGAAUACGUAAACCCAUGUCAACCAUCGCCAUGCGGACCAAACUCUCAAUGUCGCGAAUCAAAUGAUGUGGCUGUGUGCUCUUGUCUACCAGAAUUUAUUGGUACACCACCCGCUUGUCGUCCCGAGUGCACAAUUUCGUCAGAAUGCGCCACAGAUAGGGCUUGCUUCAAUCAGAAGUGCGUAGAUCCAUGCGCUGCUGACCCCUGUGGCAGCAAUGCUCAAUGUCGCGUUAGGAAUCAUAGUCCAAUUUGUACUUGCAAUAAUGGAUUUACCGGCGAUGCAUUCACCAGAUGUUAUCCUAUACCACCGCCACCAAUCGAAAUUGAACGCGAAGAGAUUCGUGACCCUUGCCUUCCAUCGCCCUGUGGUCCUAAUGCAGAAUGUCGCAAUGUAAACGGGGUACCAUCAUGUUCUUGUUUAGCUACUUUUAUUGGUCAGCCACCCAACUGUCGUCCAGAAUGCACCAUCAACUCAGAAUGUCCAAGUCAACAGGCUUGCAUCAAUCAGAAAUGUCGCGAUCCCUGCCCGGGUGCUUGUGGUCUAAAUACAGUUUGUCGUGUAAUGAACCAUACGCCAACUUGUCUGUGCAUAGACGACUAUGUUGGAAAUCCAUUUAUCAACUGCAGCCCCAAACCACCAGAACCAACUCAACCACCAGUACGUGAUGAUCCAUGUGUGCCAUCACCAUGUGGACCCAAUGCCCAAUGUAACAAUGGACAAUGCACAUGUAUUCCUGAAUACCAAGGUGAUCCUUACGUAGGCUGUCGUCCGGAAUGUGUACUUAAUUCAGAUUGUGCUCGUGAUCGCGCUUGCGUGCGCAAUAAAUGUAUCGACCCUUGUCCCGGAACUUGCGGAACCAACGCUAUUUGUAUUGUCAAUAGCCACGUGCCCAUGUGUCACUGUCCGGACAAUAUGUCGGGCAACGCCUUCUUUGAGUGUCAACCAGUUCCAAUAAAUCCUUGUCAACCAUCACCGUGUGGCCCUAACAGUCAAUGCCGCGAACUUCAAAAUGUAGGCGUGUGCUCCUGCUUACCGGACUUCAUUGGUAGUCCACCACAGUGUAGACCGGAAUGUACAACGAACUCUGAUUGUCCGCCGGAUCAGGCAUGUCAGAACUCUAAGUGCCGCGAUCCUUGUCCUGGAACCUGUGGCUUUAAUGCAGUUUGCAACGUUGUCAAUCAUAAUCCAUUCUGUACUUGUCGCGCUCAAAUGACAGGAAAUCCAUUUGUGCGUUGCCAGGAAAUAAUUGCUCCAAUACGUGAUGCUACACCCGCCAAUCCUUGUGUGCCCUCGCCUUGCGGACCUAAUUCCGAAUGUCGCGUUUCAGGUGACUCCCCGUCAUGUUCAUGUUUGCCAGAUUUUACAGGAUCACCACCAAAUUGUCGCCCUGAAUGUGUUUCAAAUUCAGAAUGCCCAUCUACACAAGCAUGUAUAAAUCAAAAAUGCAAAGAUCCCUGUCCUGGACUGUGUGGCUCAAAUGCCAAUUGUCGUGUCUUCAGUCACACACCCAUGUGUCUCUGUCAAGAAGGCUUUACUGGAGAUCCAUUUUCACAAUGUAACCCAGUACGAGCAGAACCGAUCGAAGUACUGCGACCAUGCAAUCCCAGUCCAUGCGGUAUCAAUGCUAAAUGUGAAGAACGCGACAACGCAGGUUCUUGCCAAUGCUUACCAGAGUACUUCGGUAACCCAUACGAAGGUUGUCGUCCAGAAUGUGUCCUGAACUCAGAUUGUCCAUCGAAUAAAGCUUGUCAAAAUCAGAAAUGCGCUGAUCCUUGUCCCGGCACUUGUGGUACAAAUGCAGUAUGUCAAGUAAUAAAUCAUUUACCUUCCUGCGAAUGCUAUCCCGGCUACAAUGGUGAUCCUUAUCGCCUCUGCCAAAUAGUACAAGAAGAACCUCCCAAAGUAUACGUUAAUCCCUGUCAACCUUCGCCUUGUGGUCCAAACUCAAAAUGUCGCGAAGUAAACGGUCAAGGAGUAUGUUCUUGUUUGCCAGAGUAUGUCGGUAGUCCACCAGCAUGUCGACCUGAAUGUACAUCCAGCUCUGAAUGUGCUACUGAAAAAGCUUGUAUCAAUCGCAAAUGUGUAGAUCCCUGUCCGGGCGUCUGUGGACAGAAUGCAGAGUGUCGCGUAAGAAACCACAGCCCUAUCUGCACAUGUAACAAUGGAUUCACCGGCGACGCCUUCGUACGUUGCUUCCGAAUUAUAACACCGGUUUCAUCACCACCGCCACAACGUCAACCACAAGAUCCUUGCGUGCCAUCACCGUGUGGACCAAACUCACAGUGCCGCGAUAUUAACGGCUCACCAUCAUGCUCCUGCCUACCAAAUUUCCUUGGUGCUCCACCCACUUGCCGUCCGGAAUGUAGUCUGAACUCAGAGUGUCCAAGCCAUCAAGCCUGUAUAAAUCAGAAAUGUCGAGACCCAUGUCCAGGUUCUUGUGGCAUUAGCGCAUUGUGCAAUGUGAUUAGUCACACACCAAUUUGUACAUGCCAAACCGGUUACACUGGUAAUCCGUUCACUGUCUGCAAUCCGUUACCACCGCCAAGAAGUAAGUCAGUAGUUAGAUUAAAAGGUGCCUCUAGUAAAACCCGUAUUUUUUGUGCAGUUGAAGUUGUACCUCAAGACGACCCAUGUAUACCCUCACCAUGCGGCCCUAACGCAAAAUGUAACAAUGGUCAGUGCACAUGUAUACCCGAAUAUAAUGGAGAUCCUUACACAGGCUGUAGGCCAGAAUGUGUAUUGCAUACCGAUUGCGCUAGAGAUCGCUCUUGUGUACGACACAAAUGUGUUGAUCCUUGUCCAGGAACCUGCGCUUCUAAUGCCAUCUGCGAAGUCAUGAAUCAUAUACCAAUUUGUCGCUGUCCCGACGGCAUGGAAGGCAACGCUUUCGUACAAUGCUCACCUAUACCGAAAUUGGAUGUACCACAAAAUCCUUGCCAGCCCUCGCCUUGCGGUCCAAAUAGUCAGUGCCGUGAGGUAAACCAACAAGCUGUGUGCUCUUGCAUUGCAUCCUUUGUCGGUAGUCCACCGUUUUGUAGGCCGGAAUGCACAAUCAAUUCCGAGUGUCCGCUUAAUCAAGGUUGUCUCAAUCAAAGAUGUUCCGAUCCGUGUCCUGGCGUUUGUGGCAACAAUGCCCUUUGUCAUGUUGCCAAUCAUAUACCGUUCUGCCGUUGUCCAGACAGAUAUUCUGGCAAUCCGUUUGUUAGUUGUCAACCGAUUUUAGACACACCCGAACCACGUCCACCGAGUCAACCUUGUGUUCCAUCGCCAUGUGGUCCAUACUCGGAAUGCCGCGCUGUUGGCGACACGCCUUCGUGUACUUGCUUAGCUGACUAUAUCGGUGCGCCUCCAAAUUGUCGACCAGAAUGCGUAACCAGCUCAGAAUGCAACACCAAUUUAGCGUGUAUUAAUCAAAAAUGCAAAGAUCCUUGCCCAGGUUUAUGUGGCAACAGCGCUUUGUGUCGUGUGCUUUCACACACUCCAAGCUGUUAUUGUCCAGCCGGCUUUGAAGGAGAUCCAUUCAUACAAUGUGUGGAAAGCAAGAUACCGCAAUUGGAUCACAUCGAUCCUUGCAAUCCAAGUCCAUGCGGUCCAAAUGCACGAUGCAUGCAACGUAAUGACGCUGGUUCAUGCCAAUGCCUUCCGGAAUACUUUGGAAAUCCUUACGAAGGCUGUAGACCCGAAUGUAUGUUGAAUUCCGAUUGUGCUUCCAAUAUGGCUUGUCAAAAUAUGAAAUGUCGCGAUCCUUGUCCGGGCACUUGUGGACAGAAUGCCAUUUGUUCAGUACUAAAUCAUGUGCCAACCUGUAAUUGUGUACCUGGCUAUAGUGGCGAUCCAUAUCGUUCUUGCCAAGUGGAGAAACAACCUAUCAAGGAAUAUGUCAAUCCAUGCCAGCCAUCACCUUGUGGUCCCAACUCGCAGUGUCGAGAAAUUAACGAACAAGCUGUAUGCUCUUGUUUACCCGAAUACAUUGGCAGUCCACCACUUUGCCGACCCGAGUGCACCAUCUCGACUGAGUGUGCAUUCGACAAAGCCUGUAUCAAUCAGAAAUGCGCAGAUCCUUGCCCGGGCACAUGCGGGCAGAAUGCCAAUUGUCGCGUACAUAAUCAUAGUCCAAUCUGUUCUUGCCGUGCAGGUUUUACAGGAGAUGCCUUUUCACGUUGUUUCGCUAUACCACCCACACCACCUACACCCGUACAACGCCAACCCGUCGAUCCUUGUGUUCCUUCACCAUGUGGUCCAAAUUCACAGUGCCGUCGCGUUGGAGAAUCACCUUCAUGUUCGUGUUUACCUAGUUAUAUUGGCGCUCCACCGAAUUGUCGUCCAGAAUGCACCAUUAAUGCUGAAUGUCCAAGCAGUCAGGCGUGUAUCAAUGAAAAAUGUCGCGAUCCUUGUCCCGGCUCAUGUGGUUUGGGCGCUAUCUGUAAUGUUAUAAAUCAUACUCCCAGCUGUGUUUGCCCUACUGGAUAUACUGGAGAUCCUUUCACUUACUGUCUACCAGAGCCACCACCAAAACCUGUUGUCAAAGAUGAUCCGUGCAAUCCUUCACCCUGCGGUUCAAAUGCUCAAUGCAACGAUGGUAUAUGUACAUGUAUACCAGAAUACCAGGGCGAUCCAUAUACCGGAUGUCGACCUGAAUGUGUACUUAAUACAGACUGUCCACGCGAUCGCGCUUGCAUACGAAAUAAAUGUGUUGAUCCUUGCCCCGGCACUUGUGCAUCAAAUGCUUUGUGUAGCGUCAUCAAUCACAUACCUAUCUGCUCAUGCCCGAACGGAAUGUCUGGCAACGCUUUUAUACAGUGCUCUCCGUUACCACCGCCAGUUAAAGUUAACCCUUGUCAGCCCUCACCUUGUGGUCCCAACUCACAGUGUCGCGAAGUAAAUGAGCAAGCUGUUUGCUCUUGCAUACCAGGCUUCAUUGGCGCACCACCAACAUGUCGACCGGAGUGUACUGCUAAUCAGGAAUGUCCAGCCAACUUGGCGUGCAUAAAUCAGAAAUGUGUCGAUCCUUGUCCUGGUAGUUGCGGACGGAAUGCCCAGUGCAGUACCGUGAAUCACAAUCCUUUCUGCACGUGCAUACCACAUUACACUGGAAAUCCAUUUGUCGCUUGCCAACGUAUCAUAGAACAACCUCAAUUGGAUGACACACCAAGUGAUCCUUGUCGUCCAUCGCCUUGCGGUCCCAACUCAGAAUGUCGCGCUAUCGGCAAUACGCCAUCGUGCACUUGUCUUCCAAAUUUCAUUGGUUCCCCUCCUUACUGCAAGCCGGAAUGCGUUUCAAAUUCGGAAUGCCCAUCCACACAGGCAUGCAUUAAUCAAAAAUGCAAAGAUCCCUGCCCAGGACUAUGUGGUACUAGUGCUGAGUGUCACAUCGUAUCACACACACCGCGUUGCAACUGUUUGCCUGGCUUUACUGGCGAUCCAUUCACAAUUUGCCAGCCAAUACGUAUAGCCGCGCCGAUUGAAGUGCUGAACCCAUGUUCGCCGUCGCCUUGCGGUGCCAACGCAAAUUGCCUCGAACGUAAUGGAGCCGGCGCGUGUCAAUGUUUACCGGAAUACUUUGGCAAUCCAUACGAGGGUUGUCGACCGGAAUGUGUUCUCAAUUCGGACUGUCCCUCGAACAAGGCUUGUCAGAAUCAAAAAUGUCGGGAUCCUUGCCCCGGUACCUGUGGACAGAAUGCUGAAUGUAAUGUCGUCAACCAUAUACCGACUUGUAACUGCUUCGUUGGUUAUACCGGGGAUCCAUAUCGUUAUUGUACAAGACCAGCAGAACCCAUUGUACAAGAGUACGUAAACCCAUGCCAACCCAGUCCAUGUGGACCGAAUUCUCAGUGUCGUGAAGUAAACGGUCAAGCUGUGUGCUCAUGUUUAAGUGAGUUUAUAGGCGUACCACCUUCUUGUAGACCCGAGUGUACAUCUAGUUCGGAGUGUACAAGUGAUAAGGCGUGUAUAAAUCGAAAAUGCGUUGACCCUUGUCCUGGUGUUUGCGGUCAAAGUGCGCUAUGUCAAGUGCGCAAUCAUAGUCCAAUUUGUUCCUGUCGUAGUGGUCUAACCGGUGAUCCAUUCGUGCGUUGUUACCCCUUACCACCGCCAACACCUCCUAAAGCCGUCGAUGUAUACCGUGAUCCUUGCGUGCCAUCACCAUGUGGUCCAUAUGCCACUUGUCGUAACCAAAAUAACGUGCCAUCUUGUACAUGCCAACCAAAUUAUAUAGGCGCACCUCCCAAUUGUCGUCCCGAGUGUACAGUUAACUCCGAUUGUAUCAGUAGCCAGGCAUGUAUAAAUGAACAAUGUCGCGAUCCAUGUCCGGGUGCAUGCGGUGUAAAUACGGUGUGCAGUGUCAUAAACCACACACCGAACUGUGCAUGCCAGCCCGGUUAUAUAGGCGACGCAUUCAUUGCUUGUCAUCCAGCACCACCACCUCCACCACCUCAACAAGAACCUAUUGAUCCUUGCAAUCCUAGCCCAUGUGGACCCAACGCUAUCUGCUCAGGUGAUGGGCAAUGUACGUGUAUAGCUGAGUAUCAGGGUGAUCCCUAUGUCUCGUGUAAACCAGAAUGUAUACUCAAUACAGAGUGUCCACGUGAUCGCGCCUGCAUAAGACAGAAAUGUAUUGAUCCUUGUCCAGGCACAUGUGGCUCAGAGUCCAUAUGUGAAGUCUUUAAUCAUGUGCCCAUGUGCCGUUGUCCGGAACGUAUGACCGGCAAUGCAUUUGUGCAAUGUGUACCGGUUCAAACUGAUAUAUACCGUAAUCCUUGUCAACCAUCACCUUGUGGUCCGAACUCACAAUGUCGCGAAGUGAACUCACAAGCUGUGUGUAGUUGUCUGCCCAACUAUCUAGGCAGUCCACCAUCAUGUCGCCCAGAAUGUACCAGCAACUCUGAUUGUCCACCAAACCGUGCUUGUCAAAAUCAACGUUGCGUAGAUCCAUGUCCCGGUACAUGUGGUUUGUAUGCCAAAUGCACUGUUGUCAAUCACAAUCCUUUCUGUUCGUGCAAUGAACGCUAUACAGGCAAUCCUUUUGUACAAUGUCGUCCUAUAAUUGAACCUGUGCGUGAUGUUACACCAGUCAACCCAUGUCAACCAUCACCUUGUGGACCGAAUAGUCGCUGCCAACCUGUGGGUGAAUCGCCAUCGUGUUCUUGCCUUGAAAACUUCUACGGUCAACCACCCAACUGUCGUCCCGAAUGUGUGACAAACUCGGAAUGUUCGUCAAACAAUGUUUGUCGAAAUAAUCGCUGUGUGGAUCCAUGUCCUGGACUUUGUGGCAACAAUGCGCUCUGUCGUGUUAUAAGUCACUCAGCAAUGUGUUACUGUGAGAACGACUACACCGGUGAUCCAUUCGUACAGUGUACCUUGAUUGUACGUGCACCAACCGAAGUUGUCGAUCCUUGCAAUCCGAAUCCGUGCGGUUCAUUCGCCGAAUGCUUGCAGCAAAAUGGUGUAGGCUCAUGUAAAUGUCUUGAUGAAUAUUUCGGAAACCCCUACGAAGGGUGCCGUCCUGAAUGUGUGCUGAAUACCGAUUGUCCAUCCAACAAGGCGUGUAUCAAUCAGAAAUGUCGCGAUCCUUGCCCCGGUACAUGUGGUUUGAAUGCUGAAUGUUACACCAGAAAUCAUCUACCUACCUGCUCUUGCUUAUACGGCUUUGUAGGUGAUCCAUAUCGUUAUUGCGCCGUUGAAGAGAAACCCAUAGUACAAGAAUAUGUCAACCCUUGUCAACCAUCGCCAUGCGGUCCAAAUAGUCAGUGUCGCGAAGUGAAUAGUCAAGCAGUGUGCUCUUGUCUGCCAGAAUUUAUUGGCACUCCACCGGCGUGUAGGCCCGAAUGUACUAUAAGUACUGAGUGUAACUUCGACAAAGCCUGUAUCAAUCAAAAAUGUGCCGAUCCAUGUCCAGGUGUUUGUGGUACCGGAGCCCAGUGUCAAGUGCGCAACCACGCACCAUUGUGUUCUUGUCAGCUUGGUUAUACUGGUGAUCCGUUUACCCGUUGUUAUCCCAUACCUCCGCCACCACCGACAUCUGUCGCCGAACCAAUACGAGAUCCCUGCUUGCCUUCACCUUGUGGCCCCAACUCUCAGUGCAGAAAUGUCAACGGUCAAGCCUCAUGCUCUUGUUUACCCAAUUUCUUUGGCGCACCACCAAAUUGUCGUCCAGAGUGUCUCACCAACUCGGAGUGUUCAUCUAACUUGGCAUGUAUUAAUAACCGUUGCACUGAUCCGUGUCCAGGUUCUUGCGCGUACAAUGCUCAAUGCAGUGUGAUAAAUCACAUACCCAUAUGUUCUUGUCCAAAGGAUUAUGUAGGCGAUCCAUUUGUUAGUUGUCAACCAGCACCACCACCUCAACCACCAGUGAAAGAUGAUCCUUGUAAUCCAUCACCUUGUGGCCCUAACGCCGUCUGUAACGAUGGCCAAUGCACCUGUAUACCUGAAUAUCAAGGCGACCCCUUCGUUGGCUGUCGUCCGGAGUGUACUUUGAAUUCUGAAUGUCCACACGAUAAGGCUUGUAUUAGAAAUAAAUGUGUGGAUCCAUGUCCGGGUACUUGUGGUGUCAAUGCUAUUUGCGAAGUGCUAAAUCAUGUGCCCAUGUGCCGUUGUCCAGAUGGCAUGUCCGGAAAUGCGUUCUACCAAUGUGAUCCAAUACCACCUAAACUUGUCUCCAAUCCAUGUGAACCAUCACCGUGCGGUCCGAAUAGCCGCUGUCGCGUUGUCAACCAAAAUGCUGUUUGUUCUUGCAUCGAAGGUUUCAUCGGUAAUCCACCUACAUGUCGUCCAGAGUGUGUCCGUAAUUCUGAUUGUGGUCCACAAAUGGCCUGUCAGAACCAAAAGUGUGUCGAUCCUUGUCCUGGAGCUUGUGGUUUUAAUGCUAUUUGUAAAGUGACAAAUCAUGCGCCUAUCUGUACAUGUCCGGUGCGUCAUACUGGAAAUCCAUUUGUGGCCUGCCAACCCAUACUUGAACCACCGAUACGCUUACAAGAACCAAAGGAUCCUUGCUACCCAUCCCCUUGCGGUCCGAAUGCGCAAUGUCGCGCUGUCGGUGAUGCUCCAUCAUGCUCCUGUUUACCAGAAUUUGUUGGCUCACCACCUAACUGUCGACCGGAAUGUGUUACGAAUAGUGAAUGCAGCCAAGACAAGGCAUGCAUUAAUCAAAAAUGUGUUGAUCCUUGCCCUGGCUUAUGUGGACAGAAUGCUCAAUGUCGUGUAAUCAGUCAUACAGCUAUGUGCCUUUGUACGCCUGGUUUUACAGGCGAUCCCUUUACGGCCUGCUUACCAGAGCCAGUGAAACAAGAUGAAAUCAUAUCGCCUUGUGAACCAAAUCCAUGUGGUGUUAACGCAGAGUGUCGCCAAGUGAACAACGCCGGUUCUUGUCAGUGUUUGCCCGACUACUUUGGCAACCCUUAUGAUGGCUGUCGUCCAGAAUGUGUCACGAACUCGGACUGUCCGCUUGAUAAAUCUUGUCAGAAUCAGAAAUGCCGUGAUCCUUGUCCGGGUGUGUGCGCGCUAAAUGCUAUUUGUCGCGUAAUAAAUCACUUGCCAUCUUGUAAUUGUCUUGAUGGCUUCAUAGGUGAUCCGUACACUUAUUGUCAAUUACCAGUGAAACCAAUUAUGAAAGAGUAUGUUAAUCCUUGUCAACCAUCGCCCUGCGGACCGAACUCACAAUGUCGCGAAGUGAACAAUCAAGCGGUGUGUUCAUGUCUGCCUGCUUUUGUUGGCACACCACCAGCAUGUCGACCCGAGUGUACCACAAGCGCUGAAUGUUCCUUAGAUAAGGCGUGCAUCAACCAGAAAUGCCAGAAUCCUUGCCCUGGCACAUGCGGUUCCAAUGCGGAAUGUAACGUACGUAAUCACUCACCUUUCUGUACUUGUUUGAAUGGAUAUACAGGAAAUGCCUUCACGCGCUGUCACCCAAUACCACCUGCAACACCACCUGAACCUGUACGAAAUCCAUGUGUGCCCUCGCCUUGUGGACAGUUUGCUGAAUGUCGCGAUAUUAACGGUAGUCCGUCUUGCUCAUGUCUACCUACUUAUAUAGGUAGUCCACCUAACUGUCGACCAGAAUGUACAAGAAAUUCGGAUUGCGCCAGCUCACAAGCUUGUAUUAAUCAAAAAUGUCGCGAUCCUUGCCCAGGCGCGUGUGGUUUUAACGCAAAUUGUCAUGUUAUUAAUCACACACCGAUUUGUCAGUGCGCGUCAGGCUUGAUUGGAGAUCCAUUUGUCUCUUGCCAAGCGCCGCCACCGCCACCUCCUAAACUGGCAGAGGACCCAUGCAAUCCCUCGCCUUGUGGUCCAAAUACUGUGUGUCGCGAUGGUCAGUGCGAAUGUAUACCGGAGUAUCAAGGUAAUCCAUUGAUUGGUUGUCGCCCAGAAUGUGUUUUGAACACAGACUGUUCUUCGGACAAGGCAUGUAUACGUCAAAAAUGUAUGGAUCCUUGUCCGGGCACCUGUGCCUCGAACGCCAUUUGUGAAGUGCACAACCACAUACCAAUGUGUCAUUGUCCAGAAGGUAUGACCGGUAAUGCAUUCGCUCUGUGCCAACCUAUACCUACGCCAGUGCAGACAAAUCCAUGUCAACCAUCGCCAUGUGGUCCAAACUCACAGUGUCGCGUGAUAAAUCAGCAAGCUGUGUGUUCUUGCUUACCUGAAUUUAUUGGUGCGCCACCAUCUUGUCGUCCCGAAUGUACCAGCAAUGCAGAAUGUGCCCUUAAUCGCGCCUGUUUGCAGCAGAAAUGUGUCGAUCCUUGUCCUGGAGUAUGCGGCAUCAAUGCCGAGUGCACGGUCAUCAAUCACUCGCCGAUUUGUCGCUGUACCAAUUCUUACACUGGCAAUCCGUUCGUUGCAUGCAGUCCUAUUCGAAGUAAAACACAUUUAAAUAUUUCAACCAAGCAGGUUUUUUAUCACCUACAUCCUUUUACAGUUGUUCCUCAAUUGGAUGUUGUACCUAAAGAUCCUUGUCGUCCCUCGCCGUGCGGACCGAAUGCUGAGUGUCGCGCUGUAGGCGACAGCCCAUCAUGUUCAUGUCUCAAAAACUUUAUUGGUGCACCACCAAACUGCCGUCCUGAAUGUGUAACAAAUUCCGAGUGUCCACUGUCACAAGCUUGCAUUAAUCAACGUUGCCAAGAUCCCUGUCCGGGUGUUUGCGGCUCAAACGCCGAUUGUCAUGUCAUUAAUCAUACACCAAUGUGUGUGUGUACAAGCGGUUAUACUGGAGAUCCAUUCAACCAUUGCGACGUCAUACGCGAUGUACCGCAAGAAGUACUCAACCCUUGUCAACCAAGUCCUUGCGGAACCAACACGGAAUGUAUCGUACGCAACGGCGCAGGCGCUUGUCAAUGCCUACCCGAAUAUCAAGGCAACCCAUAUGAGGGUUGUCGUCCUGAAUGUGUUGUAAACUCUGAUUGUCCAACGAACAAAGCUUGCCUACAGAACAAAUGUAAGGAUCCCUGCCCAGGCACUUGCGGACAGAAUGCAAUUUGUUAUGUACGCAAUCAUUUGCCAACUUGCAACUGUUUAACUGGUUAUUCAGGUGAUCCUUACAGCUACUGUACGGUAUUGACAGAACCUAAAUUAGACGUGGUAAACCCAUGUCAGCCUUCACCAUGUGGACCAAAUUCACAAUGCAAGGAAGUCAAGCAACAAGCGGUCUGCUCCUGUCUACCAACAUUCAUCGGCACUCCACCAGACUGCCGCCCCGAAUGCACCAUAUCCAGCGAAUGUGCGCUUGAUAAGGCAUGUGUCAAUCAAAAAUGCGUCGAUCCAUGUCCCGGCGUGUGUGGACUUAACGCCGAAUGCCGCGUGCAUAACCAUAACCCACUUUGCACGUGUCGAAACCGUUACACCGGCGAUGCCUUUACUAGAUGCUAUCCUAUACCACCACCACCGCCCGUGCCCGUAAUUAGAGAGGAAUACCGCGAUCCAUGCGUACCAUCACCUUGCGGUGCUAAUGCUGUAUGUCGUAACGUCAAUGGUCAGGCCUCGUGUACUUGUCUGCCCAACUACUUAGGUGCACCACCCAACUGCCGACCCGAGUGUUCAAUCAAUGCCGAGUGCUCACCACACUUGGCGUGUAUAAAUGAAAAAUGUCGCGACCCUUGCCCGGGAUCUUGUGGUUUCUCUGCGAUUUGUAGUGUCAUUAAUCACACGCCGAUAUGUACCUGCCCAGCUGAUUAUACAGGUGAUCCGUUCACUAGCUGUAUGCCUAAGCCACCUGAGCCCCAACUGCCUUUACAAGACCCAUGUAAUCCGUCCCCCUGCGGUAGUAAUGCCAUAUGUAAUAACGGCGUAUGCUCGUGCUUGCCUGAGUACCAAGGAAACGCUUAUUCCGGUUGUCGACCAGAAUGUGUACUCAAUACUGAGUGCCCACGUGACAAAGCUUGUAUACGAAACAAAUGCGUUGACCCUUGCCCAGGCACAUGUGGUGUGGGAGCCAUAUGUGAUGUGUUUAAUCAUAUACCAAUGUGUCGUUGCCCUGAUGGUAUGUCGGGCAACGCUUUCAUUCAAUGCUCUGUACUACAAACCCCGCCAACUGUAACGAAUGUGUGUCAACCAUCGCCGUGCGGCCCUAAUUCACAAUGUCAUGAAGUUAAUCAACAGGCAGUUUGCGCUUGCUUGCCUAACUAUUUCGGCUCACCACCAAACUGCCGACCUGAGUGUACCAUAAAUUCGGAUUGUCCACCGAACUUAGCUUGCGUUAAUCAGAAAUGUCGAGAUCCAUGUCCCGGAAGCUGUGGCGUACGUGCCAUGUGCUCAGUCAUUAAUCACGCGCCAUUGUGUAGUUGCCCGAGCGGCUACACCGGCAAUGCGCAUACUCUAUGCCAACUAUUGCCACCACCGACGCCUCAACAGGAACCUGUAAAUCCCUGCGUACCUUCGCCAUGCGGACCCAACUCACAAUGUGCUGACAGAAACGGUUCACCAUCAUGCAGCUGCUUACCAGAUUAUAUUGGUGCACCACCAAAUUGCCGCCCAGAAUGUUUAUCUUCCUCGGAAUGUGCCAGCAAUAAAGCAUGUAUCAACAUGAAGUGCCGAGAUCCAUGUCCCGGUGUUUGUGGCACAUCAGCUACUUGUCAUGUGGUUAGUCACACCCCAUCUUGUGUCUGCAUCGCCGGUUAUAUGGGUGAUCCGUUCACGCAAUGUUAUCCCGAACCGAUUGUUGAGCUCGAGCAGAUUAACCCGUGUGUGCCCAGUCCAUGUGGCAGCAACGCUGUUUGUACCACACAAAACAAUGCCGGCGCUUGUAAGUGUCUGCCAGAGUAUUUCGGCAAUCCAUAUGAGGCUUGUCGUCCUGAAUGUGUUAGGAAUUCGGAUUGUUCAUCGGACAAAGCUUGCCGAAACCAGAAGUGCCGUGAUCCAUGUCCCGGCACUUGUGGUUCGCAGGCGACUUGUCAAGUCGUCAAUCAUAUACCGAACUGCGCCUGCCUGCCAGGCUAUCGCGGCGAUCCAUAUACACGUUGUGAAAUUGUGCAGGCAGAACCUGAACCACCCGUCAAAGUAAGUCCCUGCCAACCAUCACCAUGUGGCGCCAACGCACAGUGUCGCGAAUCAAAUGGUCAAGCCGUUUGCUCGUGUCUACCGGAGUUUGUUGGCACCCCACCCACUUGUCGUCCGGAAUGUGUCGUCAGCUCAGAGUGUCCAUCCGACAAAGCAUGCAUCAACCAGAAAUGUAAAGAUCCCUGUCCAGGCGCUUGUGGCUUAAACGCCGAAUGUCAUGUACAUAACCAUAGUCCACUGUGUGCUUGUAAGGCUGGUUAUACCGGCGAAGCCUUCACCAGCUGCCAGCGUAUACCACCACCACGUACCCCAGAACCGCCACAAGCAGAUGUCAAUCCAUGCAUACCGUCGCCUUGUGGCCCAUACGCACAAUGUCGUGAAGUUAAUGGUGCCGCUACAUGCAGCUGUUUGACGAACUACAUUGGCGCGCCACCCAACUGUCGUCCGGAAUGUACAAUAAAUGCGGAAUGUGCCAGCAAUAUGGCCUGUAUUAACGAACGUUGUCGCGAUCCAUGUCCCGGUUCAUGUGGAUUUUCUGCGCUUUGUAAUGUAAUAUAUCAUACACCCAGCUGUUCUUGUCCCGUUGGCUACACCGGUGAUCCGUUUACCAGCUGUCGUCCAUUACCACCACCGCCACCAGCACCAACGGAACCUGUGGAUCCAUGCAUCCCUUCACCAUGUGGUGCAAAUACUGUCUGCAAUAACGGGCAAUGUUCCUGCAUACCGGAAUAUCAUGGCGAUCCCAUCAUCGGUUGUCGUCCAGAAUGUGUGCUUAAUGCGGAUUGUCCACGUGACCGCGCUUGUGUGCGUAAUAAAUGUGUAGACCCAUGUCCAGGUACAUGCGGCCAACGCGCGCUCUGCGACGUCGUCAACCACAUACCAAUGUGUCGCUGUCCAGAACGUAUGACUGGUAAUGCAUUUGUCGCUUGCGAUCCAGUUCCUGAAGUGGAGUUGAAGAAUCCAUGCCAGCCAUCGCCUUGCGGUCCCAAUUCACAGUGUAUUGAACGUGGUGGCAACGCCAUUUGCUCUUGUAUUACUGGUUACUUCGGUAAUCCACCAAACUGUCGCCUCGAGUGUUAUAGCAGUUCGGAUUGUGCACAAAUACACGCGUGUAUUAAUAAUAAAUGUGUUGAUCCUUGCCCAGGUCAAUGUGGUCUAAACGCCGAGUGUCAGGCUGUGCAGCAUCGCGCACACUGCGAAUGUAUACGCGGUUAUACCGGUAAUCCAUAUUCACUUUGUACGAGACCAGAAAUACGACAAGAACCACCUGCAAUACAGAACCCUUGUAUACCAUCCCCUUGCGGUCCUAACGCUCAAUGUAGUGACGUAAAGGGACAGCCACGUUGCUCUUGUCUGGCAGACUUUAUUGGUACACCGCCAAAUUGUCGCCCAGAAUGCUCUAGUAAUGACGAUUGUCCUAACAACUUGGCUUGCAUCAACCGCAAAUGUCGUGACCCAUGUCCCGGUUCGUGUGGUUUGAAUGCCAAUUGUAUUGUGACCCUGCAUAUACCCAAUUGUCAUUGCCCAGUUGGCAUGACCGGCGAUCCCUUCCGCGUAUGUUAUGAGGCUCCAAAAAUAUUACCACCACCACCGAAACAGGAACCACGUGAUCCUUGCCGUCCAUCACCAUGCGGCCCGAACAGCGAAUGCCGUGGACGUGACGAUAGCUACACCUGCUCAUGUAUUAAUGAUUACAUUGGUAAUCCGUAUGAAGGUUGCCGUCCCGAAUGUAUUGGCAAUUCUGAGUGUUCCUCGAAUCGUGCUUGCAUACGCAACAAAUGCGCCGAUCCUUGUCCAGGCACUUGUGGUGUUGAGGCGCUUUGCACCAUCCACAAUCACAUACCGAUUUGCUCUUGCCCCACUGGCUACAGUGGCAAUGCUUUCGUCCAGUGUUCACCGAUUGUAAUAGAACACAUACCACAGGAACGUCGUGAUCCAUGCUACCCAACACCGUGCGGCAUAAAUACGGUAUGCAAAGUACAACGCGAUCAGGCUGUUUGUGAAUGUCUACCAGGCUUCUUUGGCAAUCCACAAGGACAGGGUUGUCGUCCCGAAUGUACACUCAGCUCAGACUGUGCCAAGGAUAAGGCUUGUGUCAAUUCCAAAUGUGUCGAUCCAUGUCCCGGCGUCUGCGGUUAUGGCGCACAAUGCCAGACCGCCAAUCACAACCCAAUAUGUAGUUGUCCCAGUCCAAUGGUUGGCAAUCCGUUCGUUGAAUGUCAUGCACCACCGCAACCGAUCGAUCCAUGCAAUCCAUCACCAUGCCGCAGCAAUGGCAUAUGCCAGGUUAUCAAUGGUGCUGCCACUUGCACGUAUCCCGAAUGUGUAACCAAUGAGGAUUGCUCACGUAAUCGUGCUUGUAUCAAUCAGAAAUGUCGCGAUCCAUGUAUUAAUGCUUGCGGUGUCAAUGCGAUCUGUAAUGCCAUCAAUCAUAAGGCGGUAUGUACCUGUCCAACCGGUUACUAUGGCUCACCGUUUAACCAAUGUCUUCGACAAAUGGAGGAAAUACCAGCACCACGACCGGAAUGUACCACCGACGCGGAAUGCUCGAACGACAAGGCGUGCGUCAAUCAAGCUUGUCAAAAUCCAUGCGAACUGUCGAAUAUUUGUGGCACAAACGCGCGCUGUCACGUGCAAUUGCACAGACCACUUUGUGUCUGUAAUGAAGGUUACACCGGCAAUGCUUUCAGUUAUUGCCAUGUCAUCGGCUGUCGCUCAGACGAGGAAUGUCCCGCCACAGAAGCCUGCAUCAACAAACAAUGUACCGAUCCUUGCCCGUACACACAGUGCGGUACGAACGCCAUCUGUCGCGCCGACUACAAUCACAAGGCACGCUGCCACUGCCCCGACGGUUAUCGCGGCAAUCCAUUGGUGCGCUGUGAACGACCGGAAUGCACACGCGACGACGAAUGCGCCUUCAAUUUGGCCUGUAAGAAUGAACGUUGCGAAGAUCCAUGCAAUUGUGGUGUUGGCGCCCAAUGCCGUGUCGACAAUCAUCGCGCACAAUGUCGCUGCCCGCCUGGCUACAGUGGCAAUCCGCUGGUUAGCUGUGUACUCGAAGAACCUAAAGUGGCACCACAAUGCACCAUGGAUGCGGACUGUACCAGCAAGUUGGCCUGCUUCAAUGGCGAAUGUAAGAAUCCGUGCGCGGUAACGCAACCAUGUGGCGAAAAUGCUAUUUGCUCGGUAGUGGACACGUUGCCGUUGCGUACUAUGAUCUGUCAAUGCGAACCCGGUUAUGUGGGUGAUGCGGAUGUGGGUUGUCGUAAAGAACCCGCACGUGAUCAUGGUUGCCAAUCGAAUAGCGAAUGUCAAGAUACGGAAGCCUGCCGCAAUGGCGCCUGUGUAAAUCCUUGUAUUGAUGCCUCACCUUGCGCCCGCACAGCCGAGUGCUUAGCUCAGCGUCAUCGCGCCGUCUGCAGUUGUCCACAGGGCACACAGGGUGAUCCAUUCACAAACUGUUACCAACCACCGGAAAUAACGGCGGGCUGUAAACAAGAUUCGGAGUGUCCGUCAACAACAGCCUGCAUCAAUCAACGCUGUCAAGAUCCUUGCGCUGAGGCGAAUCCAUGUGCUGGCAACGCGGAAUGUCGUGUACGCAACUCGCGUCCAAUAUGCUCUUGCCCCGCCGGCUGGGGUGGUGAUCCGCAAGUACAAUGCUACAAACCGGAAUGCAAGAUAAAUGCGGACUGUCCCUACGAUAAGGCUUGUAUAAAUGAGAAUUGUGUAAAUCCUUGCAGUUAUGGCGACGUACGUUGCGGCACUGGCGCUCAAUGCGCACCACAAAACCACCAAGCUGUCUGCAUAUGUCCGCCGGGCACACAAGGCAAUCCGUUUGUCUCGUGUAUCACCGGUCACUGCCAAUACAAUGAAGAUUGCGCCGAUCAUGAGGCUUGCGAUCGCUUGAAUCGCGUUUGUCGUCCGGUUUGCGAUGAGGACACCUGCGCACUGAAUGCCAUUUGCACUGGCAGACGUCAUCAGCCGCAAUGCGAAUGCCGACCCGGCUAUAGAGGCAAUCCAUUUGUACAGUGCGAUGUGCCACGCGAGCCACCAACUAAAGUGGAACCCGAAUGUAAACAGGAUGCUGAUUGUCCAUCUCAAUUGGCGUGUAUUAAUCAGCGUUGCGCCAAUCCUUGCGCCACACCACAUGUUUGCACGCCACAACAGACCUGUCACGUAUUGGAUACGCUACCUUUGCGUACCAUGAUCUGCAAGUGUCCGAGCGAUACGAUCACCGAUAAUUCGGGUAAUUGCGUACCAAUCAAACAUGAAGUAGUCAGCGGUUGUCAGAGCAACGAUGAAUGCGGUAACACCGAGGUCUGCCAACGUGGUGUGUGUAUCGACGCUUGCCGCUUGGAACGCUGCGGUGUAAAUGCGCAAUGUCGCUCACGCGAUCACUAUGCCGAAUGCACAUGUGCACGUGGCUACGAAGGUAAUCCACGUGUUGAGUGCCAGUUAAUCGUACACGAACAGCCGAAAACACCGAACGCUGAAUGCACAAAGAACGAUGACUGUCCCUAUGAUAAGACGUGUAAGAAUGAACGCUGUGUAAAUCCUUGUGUGGAAGAUUCUUGUGGACGCGGUGCCUAUUGCCAUGUACAAAAUAGAGAACCGGUAUGCCGUUGCCCAAGCGGUUUCACCGGCGAUGCGCGCGUUGCUUGUGUACCACCGCCAGAUGUCUCUACGAUAGGUUGCAAAUCCAAUUCCGAUUGCUCUCUUAAUGAAUCUUGCGUCAAUGAACGUUGCAUUAAUCCUUGCAAUUGUGGUCCGAACGCCGAGUGUAUUGUACGUAAUCACCACCCGGUUUGCUACUGUCAACCUGGCUACUCUGGCAAUGCACAAUUCGGUUGUGUACAAAUUGGCUGCCAAUCGGACGAUGAAUGUUCAUCGGAUCAACAAUGCGUGAAUCGUGAAUGCGUGAAUCCUUGUUUGAUCAGUGAUCCGUGCGCACUCAAUGCCGAAUGCUUUGGUCGUAAUCAUCGCGCCACCUGUCGCUGUCCUGCCGGCUUGGAAGGUGAUCCGUUCCAACGUUGUGUACGCGUCGAAUGUCACUCAGACUAUGACUGCGCUACGAAUCAAGCAUGCGUACGAAAUCAAUGUGUGAACCCCUGUCAAGAUAGCCCAUGCGCACAAAAUGCCAUUUGUCAAGCAUUGCAACAUCGCGCCGUUUGCCGCUGCCCCGAGACUAUGCCGCUCGGCAACCCUUACGCUUAUUGUGAACGCCGUCCUGUAGAACCAGUUUGUCGCGACGAUGGCGAUUGCCCAAGUCGCUUGGCUUGCAUCGAUAGUAAAUGUCAGAACCCAUGUACCAUACUCUCACCAUGCGCAAGCUCCGCAAAAUGCAGUGUACUGGAUAGUGUGCCUGUACGCACUAUGGUAUGCGAAUGCCCCGAAUCAUAUGUCCCGGAUGCGCGAGGUGAAUGUAAACCGAUCGUACUGCAGAGUCCACCAGGCUGCAGUAGUGAUGCCGACUGUCCGGAUCAAGAGGCUUGUAUCAACCGUCAGUGCCGAAACCCAUGCAACUGUGGCACCAACGCAAUUUGUCAAGUACAAAAUCAUCGCGCCACAUGCUCUUGCCAAGACGGUUAUGAAGGCAAUCCCUAUGCUUUCUGUCGCACCAUUGGCUGUCGCAUAGAUAGUGAAUGUGAUUCCGGUAAGGCCUGUAUCAACGGCAACUGUAUUAAUCCCUGCUUAGUGAAUGAUCCUUGCGGUGUCAACGCUGAAUGCUAUGUGCAAUCUAACACCGCUAUGUGUCGCUGCAAGAGUGGUUAUCGUGGUAAUGCUUACGAGCGUUGUCGCGUCAUUGGUUGUCUAACGAAUAACGAUUGCCCCUCUGACAAGAUGUGUCAAAAUGAACAGUGCGUCAAUCCUUGUAUUUACCACAAUACUUGCUCACCACGCGCCGAGUGCCGCCCGCAAAACCAUUUGGCUGUCUGUCGCUGUCCCGCUGGCUUCCUGGGCAAUCCAUACGUGGACUGCCGUCCAGAACCACAACCUAUGUGCAAAGUAGACACAGAUUGCCCAGCGCGCUUGGCAUGCAUCAACGAUGAGUGUGUCGAUCCUUGUCUCACUCUGGAACCAUGCAACCGUCCAGCACAAUGUGAAGUGACACCAACGUCGCCUGUACGUACUAUGAUCUGCGUCUGCCCCGACGGCUACAUUAGCAGCGGCAGUGGCACCUGCAAACCAACAAAGACAAUUGUGGAAGUAGGCGGUUGUAUAGCCGAUUCAGAAUGUGCCACAGAUAAAUCCUGCGUAAAUGGUAUCUGUCGCGAUCCCUGCAAUUGUGGCUUGAACGCUGAAUGCCGCAUUAAGGACCAUAAACCGGUAUGUACUUGUCGUCAAGGUUACGAGGGUAACCCUGAAUUCGAAUGUUCCAAGAUUGAAUGCGCUAUAAAUUCGGACUGUCCAUCUACGCACGCCUGUCGCAAUCAACUUUGUGUGCCCGUUUGCCAAGGUGAACAAUGCGGCACAAAUGCCGAAUGUCUAGCAGUUGAUCACCGCGCUGUAUGUGAAUGUAUACCCGGCUUCCGUGGCAAUGCACGCAUCGCCUGUACACCACUUGGCUGUCGUACCGACGGUGAAUGUCCAUCAGAUAAGGCGUGUGUCAAUGGCAAAUGUGAGAACCCAUGCGAUACAAAGGCGAUCUGUGCAUAUGACGAAAUUUGCAAGGUCUACAACCACCAACCAGAAUGUGCCUGUCCACCGGGUACUAUUGCGCGACGCAACGGCUGUGAACCGCUACGUGACAUACCGAUUUGCCGCUACGAUGGCGACUGUCCAAGCCAAACUGCCUGUAUACGUGGCGAAUGCGUCAAUCCAUGCAAUGCAACACAUCCUUGUGGCGUUAAUGCCGACUGUCGUGUCUUAGAUACUGUGCCAGUGCGCACAAUGAUCUGCGAAUGUUUGGAGGGAUACACCGGUAAUGCGGCCAUACAGUGUGACAAACGCUCAUUGUGUGUGAUCGAGAAAGGCUUCGUACGCGAUGUCGACGGUCAAUGUGUCUGCCCGCCAGGCACUGCUUUGGACAUAUACGAAUAUUGCGCGCCCUGCCUGCCAGAACAAGGCUUCAAGAUCGACGAAAAUGGACGCUGUGUAUGUGCGUUGGAGCGUGGUAUGGUCAUCGAUGAACGUGGACGCUGUAUUUGCCCGACAGAUCAUGGAUAUCGACUCACACCAGCUGGCGAAUGCAUAGCAGAAGACCAACCUGGCUGUGAAACAAACGAAGACUGUGCAGACAAUCGCUUCUGCAACACACGUACGAAGACCUGUGAGGAUCCUUGUCUGCAAAAGGUUUGCGGCGUAAAUGCCUUCUGUAAUGCCAUCAAUCAUCGUGCACAAUGUCAAUGCAUCACCGGCUACACCGGCAAUCCAGAGCUUAUCUGCAAUCACACCAACUUCCGUACAGACUUCCCACGUCCCGAUAUGUUAGUCAGCUGCCUGGCUGAUGGUGUACAAGUCGAAAUACAUAUUACCGAACCCGGCUUUAAUGGCGUACUCUACGUGAAGGGUCAUAGCAAGGAUGAAGAAUGUCGUCGUGUGGUGAAUUUAGCUGGCGAAAGUGUACCGCGUACGGAAAUCUUCCGCGUACACUUCGGCAGCUGCGGCAUGCAAGCAGUUAAGGAUAUUGCCAGCUUCGUGCUGGUCAUACAGAAGCAUCCGAAAUUGGUUACAUACAAGGCGCAAGCUUACAACAUCAAAUGUGUCUACCAGACCGGUGAGAAGAACGUCACAUUGGGUUUCAAUGUGUCCAUGCUAACCACAGCGGGCACAAUUGCCAACACUGGCCCGCCGCCAAUCUGUCAGAUGCGCAUCAUAACGCAUGAAGGUGAAGAGAUCAACUCUGCGGAGAUUGGUGACAAUCUGAAACUGCAAGUUGACGUCGAGCCAGCAACAAUCUAUGGUGGCUUCGCACGUUCCUGCAUUGCCAAAACAAUGGAGGAUAACAUUGAGAACGAGUAUAUUGUCACCGAUGAGAAUGGUUGCGCUACAGAUGCGUCAAUCUUUGGCGAAUGGGAAUACAAUCCCGAUACCAACAGCCUGAUGGCUAACUUCAAUGCCUUUAAAUUCCCCUCAAGCGAUAACAUACGCUUCCAAUGUAACAUACGUGUCUGCUUCGGUAAAUGUCAACCGGUUAACUGUCGCGGCUACAAUGCAUUCGGACGUAGAAGACGUCGUGCUAUUGCCGAUAAUUCCACCGACACAACAGCGGUGGCGACCAACACCGGCAUGGAGGGACAACUGCGCGAGGAGAUAACAAUUUCAUCGAAUGCCAUCUUGACAUUCGAAAAGCGCAGCGGACCGGGCAUCAAUGAUGCGAACAUCAAACCAGCGGCACAGCGCGUCGAAGACAUUUGCGUCUCCAUGGUGGGUCUCAUUAUAGCGCUCGUCAUCACUGCUUUACUGGCGUUGGUAGCGGUCGCCGUAGCCGUCUCCUGUUGGCUGAUGGCCUACCGCCGACGACCCAAAACACUAGCACCGCUACCACAUCCGCCAGAGUUCCCCAAUCCGCUAUUCGCGAAUCCCGAAGCUGUGCCAGAACCCACACCCGAUUAUCUAUCAUAAGCAAUGAUAAACGAGUAAAUAUGCAAAUAGUAAAUAGUUUAGUUAAGAAAUUAAUUGAAUGCAAGUAAAUUAGAAUUUAGUAAAGAAAUAAUGUAUAGAAAUUGAAAUAUUUGAGAAGCACGUGCAAAAAGUUGAGAGCACUAAUUAUAGAUAAUAUGAGAGCAGCUAUUUGCUAUAAAAAAUAUUUGAAAACGUGCAAAGAAAAACAAAAGUGUCAAGAAGCAGCAUAAUUGCUGAAGAACAAGAAUAAUCAAAUGAAAACUGGAUGGUCAAAAUUUGCUAGAAACAUGAUACUAAAUGUAAUAUAAUAAAUGUAUAGGAUACUACUUCUCAACUCACCAUGACAUUC